GAUUACGACGAGUGCCAACGCGCCGACGUCUGCGGUCCCCUGGCCAAGUGCCGGAACCGCGAGGGAGGACACGACUGCGAGUGCCCGCUCGGAUACGAUGGAGAUGCUUACUCGAGGGCAGGCUGUCAGAACAUCAACGAAUGCGCAGGUAGCCCCUGUGCAGCCAACGCCAUCUGCGUGGACGGCAUUAAUAACUACACCUGCGCGUGCCCUCCCGGUUACAUCGGUGACCCCUACAACAUGUACGGCGCCUGCCAAGACGUCAACGAGUGCGUCGACCCGAGUUCCGAGCGCGACGACGACGGCGCCGAGACGACCACCACCGUCACCCUCGACGUCACCCUCGUCGACGAUCUGUUCGAGAGCCUGCUGCCGGAGGCGCUGGAGAACGCCAUCAGCCAGGCGGCGUCCAACUGGAGCUUCCCGUGCGGCGCGGCGGCCACGUGCAUCAACACGCCGGGCUCGUACGAGUGCCGCUGCCCCGCCGGCUUCUCGGGGAAACCUCGCGAGAAGUGCACGGACGUGAACGAGUGCGGGCUGGCGUCCACCUGCGGAGAGAAUGCCAAGUGCAUGAACGUCCCGGGCUCGUACAAGUGCUACUGCCCUCGCGGCUUCGAGGGCGACGGCGACGUGGCCUGCAGCAACGUCGACGAGUGCCAAAGCAACCCUUGCGGUGCCAACGCCGUCUGCAUCGAUAGCGUGGGCAGCUACACGUGCCAGUGCCAAGAGUACUACACUGGAGACCCUUACAUCGGAUGCGUUGACAUCGACGAGUGCACGGCCUUCAACCGCCCGUGUGGCAUCAACGCCGUGUGCCAGAAUGCCCAGCCGGGAUUCACGUGCUUGUGCCCUCAGGGGUAUAGUCCCAGCCCCACGCCUGAUGUCGCGUGCAAGCAAACCUCCGUUGACAUUCUGUGCAACUCGAACUUCGACUGCGUGAACAAUGCAGAGUGCAGGACCGGCGUCUGCUUCUGCCGCGAUGGCUUCCAGGUCGUGGGUGCCGAGUGCCGCGACGUGGACGAGUGCCGGCUCUCCCCGUGCGGCCCCAACGCGCAGUGCCAGAACGUGCCCGGCAGCUUCCAGUGCUCCUGCAACUUCGGCUUCGUCGGGAACCCGCCCGACUCGUCUUGCAAAGCUCCGUGUGAAGGUGUAGAGUGCGGACCACACGCGACCUGCAAGCCCGAUGGCGUAGAGGCGAUGUGCAUGUGUGAUCCUGGUUGGACCUACAACCCUAAGGACAUCACUGCGGGAUGCGUUGACGUGGACGAAUGCACGGCAGGAAACCGACCGUCGGGGCAGUGCGGCGACAACGCCCUCUGCACCAACACCCUGGGCUCCUUCACCUGCCAGUGCCCGCCAGGGUUCUCAGGAAAUGCGAACACGAAAUGUCUUGACGUGGACGAGUGCCGUCGGCCCGGGACGUGCGGGCUGGGCGCCCUCUGCACCAACACCCUGGGCUCCUUCACCUGCUCGUGCCCGCCCAACACGGUGGCCGACCCAGACCCCUUCACGCAGUGCCUGGACAUCAUGAAGUGCUCGGGCGACAACGACUGCCCCGGCAACGCGCUCUGCCUCGCCAACCAGUGCAUGUGCCCCGAGCCCAAUAUCGGCGACGACUGCAGGCACCCAUGCGAGGAUGUUCGCUGCGGCUCGAACGCCGAGUGUAAGCUGAUCAAUGGGCAGCCCAAGUGCCUGUGCGCGCAGGGCUACUCCGGCAAUCCCAUCGGCGUGUUCGGCUGCACAGACGUGAACGAGUGCGUGAACAACCCGUGCGGCAAGGGCGCGGUUUGCAGGAACGAGCCAGGCAAGUUCACUUGCGAGUGCCCAUCGGGAUUCGAGGGUGACGCUGCCCGCGAGGGCUGCAUCGCCGUCAAGAGCCCCGACUGCAGCGCUUCCAGCCCUUGCCCGACAGGAGAGCAGUGUGUCGAGGACAAGGCCCUCGGCGCCAACGUGUGCGUGUGCCAGCGCGGCUACGUGCGCGACCCUCAGACAAGUAGCUGUCGCGACAUCAACGAGUGCCUGGAGACCGUGAGCGGCAAGCUCGCCUGCGGCCUCAACGCCAACUGCAAGAACCUGCCCGGGUCCUACGACUGCCAGUGCCUGCCCGGAUACGUUGGAAACCCCUUCAGCCUCUGCGAAAAGUGCAACACGCUGGAGUGCACGUGCCUUCCUCCGUACCGCAUCGUGGACGGGAACUGCGUUCUGGCCAAUUGCUCCCUGGGCAACCGGUGUCCCGCGGGCGCCGAGUGUGUCACCAUCCAGGGCGGGCUCAGCUACUGCGCCUGCCCCUCCGGGUACACCACCCUCCCAGACGGGUCUUGUCAAGACGUCGACGAGUGCGUGGCGCGCCUCCCCAACGGGCACCUGCCAUGCGGUCCCGGCGCCGAAUGCUACAACCAGGUGGGCGGCUUCGAGUGCCGCUGCCCGCCCGACUCCUCGGGAGACGCCUACACCACGGGCUGCUCGAAGGCCCAGGAAAAGUGCUCCAGUGACACCGACUGCCUCGUGAACGAGCGCUGCGUCCAGCCGGGGAAGUGCGUGUGCCCGCCGCCCUACUUCGUCGACAACCAGGACAACAACCGAUGCAAGAGCCCUUGCGAAGCCUUCUCGUGCGGCAUCAACAGCAAGUGCACGCCCUCUGACCCCCCUCAGUGCAUGUGCCAGCCCGGCUUCGUCAACAGAGGCCCCGCCGGCUGUGUGGACAUCGACGAGUGCCGCGAAAACCCCUGCGCCCAGGGUGCCAUCUGCAUCAAUGAGAUUGGCGCAUUCAAGUGUGAGUGCCCCCCUGGCACCGAGGGCGACCCCUUCAUUGGCACAUGCAACCGAAGGGAGGAUGUCGAGUGCCACUCUGACAGCGACUGCCCCGGCGAUCUCGCCUGCACCGACUCCGGCGAGUGCGUGAACCCGUGCGACGCCCUGCCCUGCGGCUCAAACGCAUACUGCGAGGCCGAGGACCACGCUGCCUGGUGCCGCUGCCACCCCGGCUACGCAGAGGGGCCCAACGGCGACUGCAUCUCCAUGUGUGAAGGCUUCCUGUGCGGCCCCAACUCGAACUGCAUCGUGGCGCGCGAUGGCCCGACCUGCAAGUGCGAGCCGGGCUUCAACGGCAACCCGUUCCCCGGCGGCCGCUGCCUGCCCGACCAGUGCUCGGCUGCCAAUCCAUGCCAGGACCCGCAGGUGUGCGUCAACGGCCGCUGCAAGGAACGCUGCGAGGGCGUCGUCUGCGGCGUCGGCGCCAAAUGCGACAAGAACACCAACAAGUGCGUCUGCCUGCCCUUCUUCCUCGGAGAUCCUGACCUGCUCUGCGUGCCUCCGGUCACACCGCCCCUGUGCACGCCCGGCUGCGGCGCCAACGCCCACUGCGAAUACGGCGAGCCCAACAGGUGCGUGUGCAACACCGGCUACAGCGGGAACCCAUACGCGUCGUGCGCCUCCGAGGAGGAUCAGAAGGCCGACUGCGCCACCACGCGGUGCGGCACCAGUGCCGAGUGCCGCCAGGGCGUGAACCGCGUCGACUGCGUGUGCCCCGUCGGCUACCAGGGCAACCCCUACGUGGAGUGCGUGGACGUAGACGAGUGCAUCGGCACCGCGUGCGGCAUGAACGCCGUCUGCCUCAACACCCCCGGGAGCUUCGACUGCCGCUGCCAGGCUGGCUUCUCCGGCAACCCGUUCCAGAUGUGCAUGCCGGAGACCGUGGGCUCGGAAUCGUGUCUCGACAACCCCGCCGCCUGCCCCGACUCGCCCUGCGCCACCAUCGUGUGCGGUCCCAACGCCGUCUGCACCGACGGUGCCUGCACGUGUCUUCUGGGAUUCAAGGGUGAUCCUACCAAUCUCAGCGAAGGAUGCCAGCCUGCAGGAUGCCAAAACGAUCUCUUCUGCGCUGAUAAUGAGAUCUGCUUCUCCAGCGGCGGACGCCGUACUUGCGUCGACGCUUGCAACAAGGUUGAGUGCGGCCCCAACGCCUUCUGUGUUGCACAGGCCCAUCGAUCAGCGUGCCUGUGCAAGGACAGCUAUAAGGGUAACCCUAACGACCUCACUGCAGGCUGCCAGCCCGAGGACCGCGAGAGCAAGUGCACUACCGAUGAAGACUGCAGCCCUGGCCAGGUGUGCCAGGUGGACGCCCAGGGCCUCAAGGCCUGCGUCGACCCCUGCUUCUCCUACGCUUGCGGCCAGAACGAGGUAUGCUACAGCCAGGCUGGACGCCCGCUCUGCCGCUGCGAGGAGGGCUAUCUGCGCAACCCCACAACCAAACAGUGCCAGAAGCCUAAUGUCCCCGACUGCCAAGACGACCGCCAGUGCCCGCUGUCAGAUGCUUGUCGGCCCGACCAGCUGGGCGUCCUCAAGUGUGUGGACGUUUGCCAGGACUUCAACUGCCCCCUCCACUCCUCCUGCUUUGCCGUCAAUCACCGUGGUCAGUGCCAGUGCGACCGAGGCUUCACAGGCAACCCCAACGACCGCAGCGGGUGCCGUCCAGUGCCCCGUGACGAGUGCCAGUCUGACGCUCAGUGCUUGGAGACUGAGAAGUGUGAGACGCGAGGCAAUGUUCGCAAGUGUAUGUCUGUGUGCGACACCACUCUCUGUGGGCCCAAUGCUGUGUGCGUUGCCAACAACCAUGCCGCUCAGUGCCAGUGCCCACCAGGUUUGUUUGCAGGCGACCCCAAUGACCCUGUCAAGGGCUGCUACUCUGUCAGCUGCAUUGACAACAGAGACUGCCCUACAGACAAGGCUUGCAACCGACUGGACUUCACUUGCUUCGAUGUCUGCUAUGAUGCUUGUGGUGACAAUGCCAUCUGUCUUGCCGAGAACCAUCGCUACAACUGCAAGUGUCCUCCGGGCUCGAGGCCAAACCCGUCUGCCGAGAUCGAGUGCGUGGCCGUGAACCUGUGUGACCCUAAUCCAUGCCACGCCUCUGCUACCUGCUCACCCGUCGGAGGGAACUACCAGUGCUCGUGCCCUGUCGGAAUGGUCGGCGAUCCGUACACAACCGGUUGCCACCCCGAAGGCAUGUGUCCCAACGGAAAUGAUGACUGCCAACUGGACAGCGUGUGCAUCAAUGGCCGCUGCGCCUCUCCCUGCGAUCGAGCCUGCGGACCCAACGCCCAGUGCAACGUCGUCAGCAGGAAGCCCAUCUGCACCUGCCCAACUGGAUUCGUCCCCAACCCGACCCCAGACAAGGGCUGCACCCGCCUGACAUCUUCGUGCAACAAUGAUGCACAGUGCCAAGGAGGUUUGUGCCUGGAUGGACAGUGCAAGGUGGUGUGUCGAGACAACAACGAAUGUGCCCAGGGAGAAAGGUGCUACAAUAACAUGUGCAUGGUGCCCUGUGUCUCAUCUUCACAGUGUCCCACCAACCAGGCAUGUAUUUCUGGCGUGUGUCUCCUUGGAUGCCGCGGAAACACCGAUUGUCCUACAGCAAAUGCCUGCGUCAACAACAAAUGUGAUGACCCAUGCUCUAGACCGAACGUGUGUGGUCCUAAUGCUCAGUGCAGUGUGCUAAACCACUUGGCACAGUGUCAAUGUCCUUCAGGAUUUAUUCCAACACCAACACCACAACAAGGAUGCGUCCGUGUGCCUGUCACCUGUGCCACCAUCAAUGAAUGUGGUCCGAGCACUGUGUGUGAUUUCGGCCUGUGCAAGCCUGUAUGCCAGCAGAGCAAGGAGUGUGCGCAGGGUGAGAGCUGCACCUCGGGAAUGUGCCACAAGGUUUGCUUUGGUGACGGCAACUGCCUGCAGGGUGAGGUGUGCAUUGAGGGCGCAUGUGUGGGUGGCUGCAGAGGCAACAGCGACUGUCGGGUCAACGAGGUGUGCCUUUCCAAGAAGUGCAUGUGCGCCAAGGGAUACCUGCCAGGCCCCAGCGGCUGUGUCGACGUCGACGAGUGCCAGGACAGGCCAUGCCACCCGAGUGCCUCCUGUGUCAACGUUCCAGGCUCAUACAAAUGCACGUGUCCCGCCAGCACCGUGGGCGACCCUUACCAGGCGCCCGGAUGCACCAAGCCCAACGAAUGCACCAACGACGCCCAGUGCAAUGGAGACCAAGCAUGUGAGAGGAACGGCGAAGGUAUCUUCAAGUGUGUGGCGCCCUGCGCAUCGGCCGUGUGCGGCUCCAACGCCCGCUGCAAGGUGGUCAAUCGCAAGCCAGUGUGCGAGUGCGAGGCCGGCCACUUCGGCGACCCUAAUGACCUCUCCAUCGGCUGUGUCAAGGGAGACUGCAUUGUUAACGAUGACUGUGCUUCAAACAAACUGUGUGAUCUCCUCAGCUAUAAGUGUAUCAAUCCGUGUGACAGUGUGAACUGUGGCUUUGGACGAUGCCAGGCGGUGGACCACGCUGCCGUUUGCUACUGUGAGCGAGGCUUCCAGACGGACUCCUCUGGAGGCUGCGUGGAUGUGGACGAAUGCCGUGACACUCCGUGCCACCGCACUGGCUUGUGUCGCAACGCCCUGGGCAGUUACUCGUGCGUGUGUCCGGAGGGCCAGGUGGGCGACCCCGUGUUAACGGGCUGCCGCAACCCCGGAGACUGCCUCGACGACAGCGAGUGCCCAGAUGCCGCCGCCUGCUUCCAGGCCAAGUGCCGCAACCCAUGUGAGAUCCCGGGUAAAUGCGGCAUCGGCGCGCAGUGCCAGACAGUCAACCACAAGGCCGUCUGCUCUUGCCCUCCCCGCACUACCGGCGACCCCUCCACCAGCUGCGUCGCCCUCGAGUGCCUAGGCCACAACGAAUGCCCGGCCGACAAGUCAUGCGUAAACAACAAGUGCGUGAACCCGUGUUCCAUCCCCGGCGUGUGCGGCAAGAAUUCCGAGUGCGUCGCUCGCGCUCACCUGCACCAGUGCUUCUGCAAGCCAGGCUUCACUGGCGAUGCCACCCUUGGCUGCACGGACAUUACCUACUGCCAGGUGGAGACGGACUGCCCCUCCGGCGAGCAGUGCAAUGGCGGCGUCUGCCUCCCCCGAUGUACCAGCAACCGUGAGUGCCUCAGCGACCAGGUGUGCAUCGAGGGCGCCUGCGUGCCCAAGUGCAGGUCCAACAAUGACUGCCCCGAAUUGCAAGUGUGCCAGAACAAUAUCUGCGUACCAGAAGUCAAGUGCCGCCAGAACGCCGACUGCAGUGCCGACGAGCAGUGCCGCACGAACCUUGUGGGCCAAGCUGAGUGCCGCGAGGUGUGCGACGGACUCACGCUCUGCGGACGUAACGCCGAGUGCGUGGCAAUCAACCACCAGGCCGUGUGCCAGUGCCCGCAGGGCUACUUCGGCGACGCCACGGACGAGCGCCAGGGCUGCCAGAAGAUCGAGUGCGAGGUGGACGAGCAGUGUGCGCAGAACCAGCGCUGCGACAACUACAUGUGCAAGAUUGCAUGCCGAGUGAACAACCAGUGCGGUGAGAACGCCCUCUGUCUCUCCGAGGGCCACAAGGCGGUCUGCUUCUGCCGCGACGGGUUCCAGGGCGACCCCCUCAGGGGAUGCCAGCCCAUCGACUUCUGCAGGAGCAGCCCGUGCGGUGCAGGAGCCAAGUGCCACAACGUUCCCGGCAGCUACAAAUGCCUCUGCCCGCCUGGCACCGUAGGCGACGCUUACUCUGAUGGCUGCAAGCCUCCCGUCAUCUGCCUGGUGAACAGCGACUGCCCCGACUCCGCUUUCUGCGGCGAGGAGGACAGCGUGCCCAAGUGCAAGGAUGUGUGCGAACGCGCGGAGUGCGGCCCGAACGCCGAGUGCGGCGCCGUCAAUCACCGCGCCGUGUGCACCUGCAAGACCAGCUACGUGGGCGACCCGAACGACCGCGUCACCGGGUGCCGCCCCUACCAAGCAACCUGCAGCCGCAACACCGAAUGCCCGCCGCCGACCAUCUGCGACGGAGGCCGCUGCAGACCGCCGUGCCAGAGUGACCAGGAGUGCGGCCUGACGGAGGCGUGCGUACGGGGCCAGUGCAGCGACUUGUGCGACGAGGACGACGCAUGCGGCCUCAACUCCGCCUGCACGAUGGUCAACCACCGGCGCCAGUGUUCGUGCCCGCCCGGAUUCACUGGCAACGCGGAGACCGAGUGCUACAGGGUGCCCACCACCUGCCAGAGGAAUAACGACUGCCCCGCCGGGUUCCUGUGCAAGGCCGGCGUGUGCGCCCCCGCCUGCGCCGGUGACAGUGAGUGCGCGCUCAACGAGAAGUGCGUCAGCGGAUCCUGCAUACUGACCUGCCGCCUGGACAACGACUGCUUCCUGGGCCACAUCUGCCUGAACAACUUGUGCAUGAUCGGCUGCCGCGCAAACGAGGACUGCAUGGCGAGCGAGGCGUGCCUGAACAACCGCUGCACAGACCCUUGCGGCUCGUCGGCCGUGUGUGGCGCCAACGCGCUCUGCUCCGUCGUGAACCACCGCGCGCAGUGCUCGUGCCCCGACGGCUUCAUCCCCAACCCGACGCCCAACGUGGCCUGCGUCCGCAAGCCCAGCACCUGCGCCAUCAACUCCGACUGCGCCUCCGGGUUCGUGUGCACGGCGGGCAGCUGCCUGGCCAUCUGCUCCUCCGACACCAGCUGCCUGGACAACGAGCGCUGCGUCAGCAACGUGUGCCGCCCCACGUGCCGCCGCGACGACGACUGCAGCUCUGGCGACCUCUGCAGUAACCUCAUUUGCGUCGCCGGCUGCCGCGCCGACACACAGUGCCCGUCCACGCAGGCAUGCGUAAAUAACAAGUGCAUCGACCCGUGCGCGUCGCCCACCGCCUGCGGAGGCAACGCGCGCUGCGCCGUCGAGGCCCACCGGGUCAAGUGCGCGUGCCCGGACAACCUGGUAGGCGACCCCUACGUCAACUGCCGGCUGCCGGUCACGUCGUGCAGUGGUGACAGCGGCUGUCCGAGCGGCAUGACCUGCUUCUUCGGCACGUGCCGUCCCCUCUGCAAGAGCGACCAGGAAUGCUUCAAUAACGAGCGCUGCGUGGGCGGCGUCUGCAAGGAGAUCUGCAGCUCCGACAGCCAAUGCGGCGCCAGCAACAUCUGCGAGGGACGCCUGUGCAUCCUCGGCUGCCGCUCCGACUCGUCCUGCCCAGCGGAGCAGUCGUGCAUCAAUCGCCAAUGUCGAGACCCGUGCCAGGGCGCCACCGCCUGCGGCACCUGUGCCCAGUGCCAGGUCGUCAGUCACCGCGCUCAGUGUAGCUGCCCUUCAACCGCCGUGGGCGACCCCUUCAUCGCAUGCACCACACCCCCGCGCGCCUGCUCCUCUAACACCGACUGCGCCUUCCGCGGGAUUUGCCAAUCCGGCUACUGCACCAAGCAGUGCUCGUCCUCAGACCAGUGCAACUGCGGCGAGACGUGCAGCGACGGCCACUGCCGCGCCCAGUGCGCCGAGGACCAGGAGUGCGCCCAGGGCUUCCUGUGCCGCUCGGGCGUUUGUGUGACUGGGUGCCGCGCCAACAGCGACUGCCCGCUUACGCAGGGCUGUGUCAACAACGAGUGCCAGGACCCGUGCGACGACGCUUGUGGGGACAACACCUACUGCCGAGUGUCGAACCACCGGCCGCUGUGCUUCUGCAACAGCGGCUACCAGGGCGACCCCGUCAAGGGCUGCGAGGAGUACGAGUGCCUCAAGGACACCGACUGCGACUCUGAGCAGAUGUGCCUCGACCUGGAGUGCAAGAACCCUUGCCUGCAGGGUACGUGCGGCACCAACGCGCGCUGCAGAGUGGUCAGCCACAACGUGGAGUGCUCGUGCCCGCCCAACUUCUAUGGCAACCCGCAGACGGAGUGCAAGAAGGAAAUCAACGAAUGCCUCAACAACCCGUGCGCCAACGACGCGCAGUGCAUCAACACCGUCGGCAGCUUCAUGUGCGAGUGCAACAACGGCUGCCAGGGAGACCCCUACCGCAACGGCUGCCUGUGCUCCCAGGAGCAGGUGGACCCGUGCGCCCUCAUCUCGUGUGGCCAGAACGCCCUGUGCCGCAUCGUCACCGACACGAAGGCCGAGUGCUACUGCCCCACCAGCCUGCCCAACGGCGACCCCCUCGUCAAAUGCACGGGAGACUGCCGCCAGACGGGGUGCGGAACCGCGGCCUCCUGCCUCAUCGACCGCGACGGAAGCUACGAGUGCCGUUGUCGCCGUGGCUGGAACGGCAACCCCUACGAUAAGUGCGUCCCUGAUACUCAGUGCACGCUUGACACAGACUGCCCGCCCACUCAGGCAUGUAUAAGUGGACAGUGUAAGGACCCCUGCACAGUGCGGGGGGCGUGCGGCGAGCGCGCAAUCUGCCAGACCGUGGCACACGCGGCGCAGUGUUCUUGCCCGCAGUGCUAUGUAGGCCGCCCCAAGGUGGCCUGCAGGCCCGACCCCACCUGUGAUGUUAGCCCCAAGGACCCCCCCAUAACCACUGGCUGUCGGGGCGACUCUGAAUGUCCCGACAGUCAGGCUUGCGAUCGAGCCCAGUCUCAGUGCUAUGACCCCUGCGUCCGCGGAGGGUCGUUGUGUGAAGCCAAUAAGAUGUGUGAAGUCAGGAAGCACGAGCCCACUUGCAUAUGUAAACAUGGCUUUGUCGUAAAUUCAGUGGGCGAGUUUGUCUGUGCGACAGGGCCCAUAGAGUGCCGGGCGAACGACGAGUGCGCGAGCAACCUGGCGUGCGUCAACAACAAGUGUGUGAACCCGUGCUCGGUAGGCCAGCCCUGCCCGCCCUCCAAGCAGUGUGAUGUGCUCAACCACCAGCCCGUGUGCAUCUGCGUGAAGGACUGCAACCCCUCGGUCACCAUCUGUCUCCGUGACGAGGGAUGCGGCCCCACGGAGGCGUGCGUGUCCUACCAAUGCGUGGACCCCUGCGCCUCGCACGUCUGCCCCGGCGACACGCCAUGCUACGUGGAGGACCACAAGCCACUCUGUAAAUUCUGCCCGCCCGGCUUUACCGUUGACCCUGAGUUUGGAUGCGUUAAAGCAAUCGGCUGCAGAGAUGACUCCGAGUGCCCGACCAACCAGGCAUGUAUCAACGAGAAGUGCCUCAACCCCUGUGUGGCUCGCAACCCGUGCAAUGCCAAGGAAGAUUGCAAAGUGCAGAACCAGAGGGCUACGUGUGUUGCAGACUUCGAGUGCCGACGAGACGCGGACUGCCCGUGGAACGAGGCUUGCUUCUCGGGGCACUGUAUGAACCCUUGCAUCAUGACGGAGGCGUGCGGUCUGGGCGCCGACUGCCGCCCACUGCUGCACCGCCCGCGCUGCUCGUGCCCCCCGGGCUACACGGGCGACCCCAAAGUACGGUGCACGCCCACCACAACGCCCAAAACGCCCACAGAAUGUACAUGCCAGUCUAACAAUGACUGCCCCGCGCACUUAUCCUGUGACGGUUGCACCUGCAAGCCACAACUCUCGGAAGUAGUGAGUUGCGACCCCCCUUGCCAGAACGACGAGGAGUGCGACGAGGAGGAGCUCAUCUGCAAACCAGCUCUAACCACCAGUUCGUUCACCACUCCUACCACCACCACAGCUACACCCGCCACCACACUCACUGAAGACACCUCCACAAUUGCCACCCCGCCCACAGAACAGCCGGGUGUUCCUAGUGUACCCUCUGUACGUCCUUCUCCCUCCCCUGUAUCCUCCCUCCCCUCCACCCCUCUUGAUGGAGUCACGGAAAGCGAUCAAUCCACCGUUGCCUCGGGGGAGACAGGGACGACCCUUCCUACCCCAGCGGAUCAGACACGACCCACCAUGCCAGUCGUCGGACCAGAGGUAGAGUCAGUGUCCACGAGUGUCUCUAUCUCCGCCACCAUGCCGCCUGGGGUUUCCCGGCCGACCCUCCCGCCGGUAGGGAACGAGGUCGAGACGGAAGCCCUGGAGGCCAUGGAGCCGCUCACUGCCGCCCCCGAAACCACCACGCCCUCCGUCGUCACCACCACCGACCACGUGGCGCAGCCGAGCGAGGCAGUGACAGAUACUCCGCCGAGCGGCCUGUUCACUCCGCACUAUGGCGAUGAGCCUUACGAUGGCGCCACUGGUCCUGGCACUGACAGACCUUUUGGUCCUGGCACUGACAGACCUGGUCCUGACACUGACAGACCUUUUGGUCCUGGCACUGACAGCCCCUAUGGUCCUGGCACUGACAGACCCUAUGGUCCUGGCACUGACAGCCCCUAUAGUCCUGGCACUGACAGACCUUCUGGUUCUGGCACUGACAGACCUUCAGGUCCUGGCACUGGCAGACCCUAUGUCGUCACCACCACCGACCACGUGGCGCAGCCGAGCGAGGCAGUGACAGAUACUCCGCCGAGCGGCCUGUUCACUCCGCACUAUGGCGAUGAGCCUUACGAUGGCGCCACUGGUCCUGACACUGACAGACCUUUUGGUCCUGGCACUGACAGCCCCUAUGGUCCUGACACUGACAGACCUUUUGGUCCUGACAGGCCCUAUGGUCCUGGCACUGACAGACCUGAGCGUCUAGGCACUGAUAGACCUGAGGACCCGGUGCAGACGCCAGUGGACGAGGAAGAUAUCUUUCCCACCAAUGAAACUGGAGGGACAUUUGACGGUAUUAUCACCCCGGGUCCAUUUUUCGAUUUCUCGACUGUUACCGAAAUGCCCACAACAACAGUAGUGGCUGACAGAUUCGAUGAUGACGGGACCCUGCCACCUGGAAUAACCGGAAUAACCGCAGGACUCCCACUCGGCGAUGAUGACAGCGACAUCAUCUUUGGGGGCGUUGGAGGGACUACUGGAUCGCCCGUUACAACCAUUGUUCCGUCAACAGAAAAUGAUACCUCUAUGUCCCUACAUAUCCCACUCGUGACCUUUAUCCCUGCCCUUAUCAUGCCCUUCCUUGUCACUAAGUUACCUCCAGUCUCUGCAGAAACUCCCACCUGCAGAGACAAUUAUAACUGCAAGGACACCCAGCUGUGUUACGGCGGGGUGUGUGUGGACGGUUGUUCUGUAUCCAAGUGUGGGUACAAGGCUCAGUGCCACACCGUGCAUCACAUCCCCAUGUGUACCUGUUUACCUGGUCAUCGUGGUAACCCCCUGACGGAGUGCCUUCCAAAGAAAGUAUAUAUUGCACAACCACCUGCCACACCCCGCCCUCCUACACUCACACCUCGGCCUCCCGUGGGCGUCCUCACCCCGCGGCCCCCUCCCGUCACACCGAGCGCUCAGUGCGUGAGAGACUCCGACUGCUCUUUCGCGGAGAGCUGUCGAGGUGGCUCUUGCGUUGAUCCAUGCGUGGUUGGCGCCCCGUGUGGACGCAACGCCGAAUGCGCUGUGACGCUACACCGCCCUAUUUGCUCCUGUCCUGCGGGGUACACGGGUAACCCCCGCCAAGGGUGCCUCAAAGCACCAACCGUCCCUCCCGGAUGCACUUCAGACUUCGAUUGUAUCGAGACCAAAGUUUGCUAUGAUCGGGACUGCAAGGACCCGUGUGGUCUUGCCAAUCCCUGUGCGGCCAAGGCCACUUGCACUACAGUCUCGCAUCGUCCCGUGUGCACCUGCAAUCCGGGUUACUCGGGAAAUCCUUAUGUUUUCUGCGGAGUUGACAAUAUAUUUACGGGAUGCCGUGGCGAUGGUGAGUGUCCCUCAACACAAGCUUGUAUUAACAACGACUGUCGGUACCCCUGCGAAGAUGACCCCUGUGGAAUAAAUGCCGAGUGUAUCAACAGUGAGCAUAGUGCCCAAUGCAGGUGCCGCAACGGCUUCCAGGGUGAUCCGCUUAAAGGAUGCACUCCCGUGGGUUGCUUCACCCCUGACGAUUGCCCCUUGACUGAAGAGUGCUACAGCGGGCAGUGCGUGAGCCCAUGCCGGCCCGCCAGCAACCCCUGCCCACAGUCCGCGACCUGCCUUGUCUUCAACCACGCCGCCACGUGCAUGUGCCCCCCUGGUCAUACGGGAAUCCCCCUGCAGGGCUGCUCCCCCCUCCCCCUCUGCGGCUUCAACUCCGAGUGCCCUCUUGACAAGGCCUGCAUUGAGCGGGUGUGCACUGACCCUUGUGAGACCGCCCCGUGCCCACAGGGGUCUGUGUGCACCGUGGAGACUCACAGACCAGUGUGCCUGUGUCCCCCCGGGUUCACAGGAGACCCCAGAGUGGGAUGCAGCCGCAGCGGCUGCGAGGGAGACUCUGAUUGUCCCGCUGGGAGGGUAUGCCGUGGCGGGCGGUGCGUGGACCCUUGCACGGACUGCGGGCAGGGGGCGCUGUGCCAGCUGUCCGGCUCCACGGCUCUCUGCCUCUGCCCCGAGGGCUUCACAGGAAACCCAAAUGUUGCUUGCAGCCCAAUCCCCGGCUACUGCUCCUCGGACAUCGAGUGCCAGCUUCAGGAGGCGUGUGUGCGGGGGGAGUGCCGCGACCCCUGCACUACAGUGCCUCCGCCGUGUGGCGUGGGGGCUCGCUGCCGCGUCAUAAACCACCGCACCAUCUGCCAGUGCCCAGACGGGUACGAGGGAGACCCCCGCGACCUGUGCUCCCCAGCGAGCACCCCGCAGCCGGGAUGCCAGUACAACGCGGACUGCCCAUCAAACAGGGCUUGCGACCGGCUCUCGCGCAGGUGCAUCGACCCCUGCGACGAGGACACCUGCGCCCCCACGGCCUUCUGCCAAGCCGUCAACCACCAGGCCAGGUGCGAGUGCCCGGCGGGAUACACCGGGAACCCCUACAUCGAGUGUAUUAUCCCCCUUGGGUGCCGCGACAACAGCGUCUGCCCGCCCACGCAGGCCUGCAUUAACAACCAGUGCCAGGACCCGUGCCGCUGCGGUCGCAACGCUGUGUGCGAGGUCACGCAGCAUCGUGCCACAUGCCGAUGCCCACCAGGGUACCAGGGUGACCCCCUCAGGAAUUGCCAAGUGCCCAUCAACCCAUGCGACUCCGACCCGUGCGGCGAGGGCGCCCUCUGCGAGCUAGACAACGGCAACCCCAUCUGCGUGUGUCCGAAAGGCACCACCGGCAACCCGUUCGAGAAGUGCAUUCCUGAAGGCAAGGACUGCGAGCCGAACCCAUGCGGCCCCAACUCGGGCUGUCGCGUGGUCGGCGGCGCCCCCGUCUGCUUCUGCCUGCCGGAGUUCAUUGGCAACCCCCCGAGCGUGCCGUGCAGUCCCCCCUCCAAUCCGUGCGACCCCUCCCCGUGCGGCCCCAACACGGAGUGCAACAUCGUGAACGGCUUCCACCGGUGCACGUGCCGCCCCGGCUACGUGGGCAACCCCAACACUAUCCGGGGCUGCGAGCCGCCCGUUAAUCCCUGCGUUCCGUCCCCGUGCGGCCAGGGCGCCCUCUGCGACCCCAACAGGAAGCCCUUCUGCUACUGCCGCCCCGGCCUCAUCGGCGACCCCUACACUGGCUGCAGAGUGCCGCCCCCCAGCUGCAGUCUCGGCGUGUGUGGCCAGAAUGCCGAGUGCUACGUGCGCGGCGAUAAGCUGCAGUGCCGCUGUCUCGAGGGCUACCGAGGUGACCCGAAGGUGCAGUGCGAGGCGCAGCCCGACAACCCGUGCGAGCCCUCCCCGUGCGGCCCCAACACGCUGUGCUCGGUGUCGCCCGGCAACCGCCCCAUCUGCGCCUGCUCCCCCGGCUUCUUCGGCGACGCACUCUCGUUCGAGGGCUGCAAGCCGGAGUGCACCGUCGACACGGAAUGCAGCGACGACCUGGCGUGCAUCAACACCAGGUGCGUGGACCCGUGCCCGGGCGCCUGCGGCAUCAACUCGCUCUGUGAGGUGAACACCCACCGGCCGGUCUGCUUCUGCCCCGCCGGCUUCAUGGGCAACCCCUACAUCAGGUGCGAGGAGAAGUCGGAGAUCAUCCCGCCCAAGGUGGAUCAGGAACCCUCCAACCCGUGCGUGCCGCCCCCGUGUGGCGUCAACGCCGAGUGCCGCGUGCAGGGCCAGUCGGCGGUGUGCUCAUGCAUUGGCGACUAUAUCGGUGACCCGAAGGACAGAUGCCGGCCGCAGUGCGUUACCAACGCCGACUGUGCCGAUGACAAGGCCUGCAUCGACCAGAAGUGUCGCGACCCGUGCCCGGGGCUCUGCGGAGUCAAUGCCGAAUGCGAGGUCGUCAACCACAACCCCAUCUGCUUCUGCCCCAAGGACCUCACCGGCGACCCCUUCAGGUUCUGCGUGGAGAAACCGCUGCCUCCGCGCCCGCCCCCCUGCCAGCCGAACCCAUGCGGCCCCAACUCCGAGUGCCGCCCGGGUGCGAACGACAAACCCAUCUGUUCGUGCCAGCCAGGCUUCUUCGGCUUUCCGUGCCGCCCCGAGUGCACCAUCAACCCCGACUGCCCGAUGACCCGCGCCUGCAUCAACUACAAGUGUGUGGACCCGUGCCAGGGCUCCUGCGGCAUCAACGCGCAGUGCUCCGUGGUCGCGCACAACCCCGUGUGCAGAUGUCCCGACGGCCUCACCGGAGAUCCGUUCAGCCGCUGCUUCGAGAAAGUGCCUAUAGUCCCUGGCCUGGAGACGACCCCCCUCCCCCCCGCGGCCCCCUGCACCCCCUCGUGUGGUGCCAACGCCGAGUGCCAAGUGGUGGGAGGGAAGGGCACUUGCGCCUGCCUUUCCGGCUUUUACGGCCGCCCAGAGCUCGGCUGCACGCCCGAAUGCAUCACCAACUCCGACUGCGUGCCGACUCGUGCCUGCAUCAACCAGCGCUGCGUGGACCCGUGCGCUGGCUCGUGCGGCGUGCAGGCCGAGUGUCGCGUCCUCAACCACAACCCCAUUUGCUCGUGUCCUCGGGGAUACGUCGGGGAUCCUUUCAGGGCGUGUCAUCCUGCUCCUUCUGAACCUGUGUUACCCCUGGUACCUGUGACUCCGUGCCGCCCCGACCCGUGCGGGGACAACGCACGGUGCACGGCGUCAGGCACGGUGGCGUACUGCACGUGUCUCCCCGGAUUCUUUGGAGAUGCGCGCGUGCAGUGCCGCCCCGAGUGCCUGGUGAGCAGUGACUGCCCGCUUACGCUGUCGUGCAUCAACCAGAAAUGCAGAGACCCGUGCCCUGGCACGUGCGGUAACAACGCCCUCUGCUCCGUCGUCAGCCACAACCCCGUUUGCGUGUGUCCUGAAGGCUACAUGGGUGACCCCUUCACCGAGUGCCGCGUCAGACCGCUGCAACCGGUCCAACCGGAGGCGGUGACCAACCCGUGCCUGCCCGACCCAUGCGGCGCCAACGCCCAGUGCCGCGUGCAGGGCACAGUGGCCGUGUGCGAGUGCCGUCCGGGCACCUUCGGCAACCCCAACCAGCCGUCGGGAUGUCGCUACGAGUGCGUCGCCAAUGCCGACUGCCCGAUGGACAGAGCGUGCAUCAACCGGCGCUGCGUGGACCCGUGCGCGGGCACGUGCGGCCUCGAGGCGUUGUGCGACGUGGUGGCUCAUAACCCCAUCUGCAGGUGUCCCGCCGGCUACACCGGCGACCCUAUCUAUCGGUGCACCCUGAUCGACUUGGUAGUGACGCCGGAGGCCGAGACGCCGUCCAGCCCGCCGCAGGACCCGUGCGCCGGCUCGCCCUGCGGCUCUGCGGCGGUGUGCUCCAGCGACCGCGACCGCUUCUCCUGCUCCUGCCAGCCCGGCUACUUCGGUAACCCGUACGAAGGCUGCCGCCCCGAGUGCACCGUCAACUCCGACUGCCCUCCGAGCCGUGCAUGCAUCAACAACAAGUGCGUGGACCCGUGUCCGGGUUCGUGCGGCCUCAACGCCGACUGCCGAGUGCUCAGCCACCAGCCCAGCUGCUACUGCCCGCCGGGCUACACGGGCAACCCGUACUCGCGCUGCUUCAUCGACCGACCCGAUCCAGAGCCCAAGCCGUUACCGGAAGACCCCUGUCAACCCAGCCCGUGCGGACCGAAUGCUGAGUGCAGGGUCGUAGCUGGCAGGGCGCAGUGUUCCUGUCUCUCCGGCUUCCUCGGUUUCCCUCCGACCUGCCGCCCCGAGUGCGUGCUCAACUCCGACUGCCCUCUGGCUCUGGCCUGCAACAGACAGAAGUGCCGCGACCCGUGUGUGGGCGUGUGCGGAGUCAACGCAGAGUGUGAGGUCGUCAACCACAACCCCAUCUGCUUCUGCCCCAAGGACAUCACCGGCGAUCCCUUCGUCAGAUGCGUCAAACCUACGCCGACGCCCGAGCCGCCACGAAACCCGUGUUCAGGCGACCCGUGCGGCCCGAACGCCGCCUGUCGUGAGAUCAAUCUGAAGCGGGUGUGCACCUGCUUGCCCGGCUUCGUGGGCAACCCGCCCGCGUGCCGCCCAGAGUGCGUGGUGCACCCCGAGUGCCCCCCGCUACUCGCCUGCCUCAAGAACCGCUGCGUGGACCCCUGCAAGGGCACGUGCGGCAUCAACGCCGAGUGCCGCGUCAUCAACCACAACCCGAUUUGCAGCUGCCUCGGCGGCUUCACGGGCGAUCCUUUCGUCAGGUGCACGCCCUCACCGAUCUCCCAGCCGACGCCUCCGCCCGUGAUAGGUCCUCCCAUCACGGCCACCACACCGACCCCCGCUACGACUAAGCCGCCAAUCGCCGGCACGCCCCCGUCCAUCCAGGACUCGGCGAUUACCCCGACGGCGGUGACCCCUGUGGGCACGCUGCCGCCCAUCGUGGAGUUCCCCGAGGCUCCCGCGCCGCCUCAGAACCCCUGCGUGCCCGACCCCUGCGGCUCCAAUAGCUUCUGCCGCCAGAACGGUGACCGCCACGUCUGCGAGUGUCGGGAGGGCUACUUCGGCAACCCCGAGAUCGGCUGUGGACCCGAGUGCGUGCUCAGCACCGACUGCGACAGCGGAUUCACGUGCGUCCGCCAGAAGUGCGUCGACCCCUGCCCGACAGCAUGCGGCCGCGGGGCUCAGUGCACCGUCGUCAACCACAGGGCCGUGUGUUCCUGCCCAGCGGGUCUUCAGGGCGACCCUUACACGCAGUGCAUAGUCAGUCCCAUCGCCGGAACCACACCGUCCCCCACCCCGAUGCAGCCCACUGCCAAGACCCCGUGCGAGCCCAACCCGUGCGGCCAGAACGCCGAGUGCCAGCCCGUGGGCCUCGACGAGCGCUGCAACUGCCUCCCGGGCUUCUUCGGCAACCCUUACGAGUACUGCCGCCCAGAGUGCACGUCCGACCCUGAGUGCCCCUCCUACCUGGCGUGCGUGAACCAGAAGUGCAUCGACCCGUGCCCCGGCACCUGUGGAAUCAAUGCCGAAUGUCAGGUAGUCAUCCACGCCCCCAUGUGCUACUGCGAGCCGGGUUAUGUUGGUGACCCCUACCAGUCAUGUCGCCCUGAGCCAAUCACGACGCCCGGCCCCGUGGACCCGUGCAACCCCAGCCCGUGCGGCCCCAACUCGGAGUGCCGCACCGUCGGGGACCGGCCCGUGUGUGAGUGUCUGCCUGGAUAUUUCGGCAACCCACCUGAUUGUCGACCCGAGUGUAUAGUCAAUUCUGAUUGCCCCGUCAUAAUGGCAUGCGUCAACAAGAAGUGUCGUGACCCGUGCGCGGGCGCGUGCGGGACGGAGGCCUUGUGUGAGGUGGUCAACCACAACCCCGUGUGCUACUGCCGCCAGGGCAUGACGGGCGACCCCUUCAUCCGCUGCUUCACGCGACCCAUCGAGCCAACCAGUCCUAAGCCCCACGAGCCAUCAGACCCGUGCGCUUCCACCAAGUGUGGGUUGAACGCCGAAUGCUCCUUCGCGGGAGGUCUGGCGGUGUGCAAAUGCAAGGGUGAUUUGAUAGGCAACCCGUACCAGGCGUGCCGCCAUCAGUGCACGGUCAAUUCGGACUGCCUUUCCAACAAGGCAUGUUCUCGCAAUAAGUGCGUUGACCCAUGGGCGUGCGGCAUCAACGCCGACUGCCACGUGUCGCGGCACCGCCCUGUGUGCACGUGUCCUCACGACCUCACGGGCGACCCCUUCUCUCGCUGUGUCCUCGUGACUCCGACCACCCCUGUCCCCGACGACCCCUGUUCGCCCCCUCCGUGUGGCCUCAAUGCCGAGUGCAAGCGCAGGGGCACCGCGUCCUACGACUGCAACUGCAUCCGGGACUACUUCGGCGACCCCUACACGGAGUGCCGGCCCGAGUGCGUGGUCAACACCGACUGCUCGAGUGACAUGGCGUGUCGUAACCUCAGGUGCAUCGACCCGUGUCCUGGCACCUGUGGCAUCAACGCCCAGUGCAACACGGUCAACCACAAGCCCGUGUGCGCGUGUCUGCCCGGCUUUGAAGGCAAUGCCUAUGAGAGGUGCCAAGUCAAGGCAGUUACGCCCUCAUCACCGACUGCCGACCCCUGUUCACCCAACCCAUGCGGCUCGUACUCGUCUUGCCGCGUGGUGAGGAAUCGGCCCGUGUGCGAGUGUCUGCCAGGUUACUAUGGCGCUCCUCCUAACUGCCAUCCCGAGUGCACUACCAACCCCGACUGCCCCAAGUACUUAGCUUGUGUCAAUGAGGACUGCGUGGACCCGUGUGUUGGUACCUGCGGCGUUUCUGCGGACUGCCAGGUGGUUAAUCAUAACCCCACCUGUACAUGUCCCAGAGGCUACGAGGGGGAUCCAUACAUUCAGUGUCGUCUGGUUGAGUUAACUUCGAAGUCUCCUGUCCCAGACACCCCUACAACUAUCCCUACGCCCACCGUUCCGACCAUUGCUACACCAGCACGCCCGUGUGCCUCUGAGCCUUGUGGUCGGAACGCUUUAUGUAAACCUUUGGGCGUAUACUUCGAGUGUACGUGCCCGACAGGCAUGUUUGGCAACCCAUACGUGGAGUGCCGACAUGAAUGCGUUGUAGACUCUGACUGUGCUAGAAACAGGGCUUGUGAACGGAAUAACUGUAUUGACCCAUGCGUGGGUGUGUGUGGAGAAAGGACAGAGUGCCAUGUGAUCAUGCACAGGCCUGUGUGUACAUGUAUACCCGGGUUAACGGGUGAUGCGUACACAGCAUGUAACCCUGUGAAAGUGACAACUGUGCUCCCACCAAUACUGCCAAAGGAACUGUGCCAGCAAACCACCUGUGGCCCCCUGGCUGAGUGCGAUGAUAAGGAUGGAAAGCCAGUGUGCCAGUGCUUUGAAGGUUUUGUGGGUGACCCAUAUGUAGCAUGUCGCCCUCCCUGCACUGCAGAUUCGCAUUGUGCUUCUGGCCUUGCAUGUGUCAAUGACAAGUGCAUUGACCCAUGCCCAGGUACAUGUGGCAUUAAUGCUGAGUGUAUAGUGCCAAAUCAUGUCCCUAUUUGCACCUGCCCACCUGGUUACACAGGCAGUGCAUAUCAGCGUUGCUUCCCAAAACCGGAUACAUCCUCGGAGUCUGGUGAGGACCUGUGUGAAGUGUGUGGGUCCAAUGCAGAGUGUCGUGAAGUGGAUGGCCGUCCAGUGUGCACUUGCCUACCUGGAUUUCUUGGUGCACCACCAAACUGCCACCCAGAGUGCAUCGUCAAUCGUGACUGUUCCACAGUACAUGCAUGCAAUAAACAAAAGUGUAUUGACCCAUGCAUUGGAGCCUGUGGCACGAAUGCAGAUUGUCGUGUCAUCAAUCAUUCUCCUGUGUGUACCUGCCUUCCAGGUUACACUGGUGAACCAUUCGUCAGGUGCAAUCGUAUCCCUGUUGCCCAACCAACUCCUCCACCUCCUGUUACGGAACGUCCUGAUCCAUGCCGUGAGGGAACUUGUGGUCCCAACGCCAACUGCCGUGUGCAGGGAACUCGUGGCAUCUGCACCUGCAUUGAAGGCUACUUUGGUAACCCGUAUGUACAAUGUCGCCCUGAGUGUGUCAUCAACUCUCAGUGUCCUCAGUACUUGGCUUGCAACAACCAGCGGUGUGUUGAUCCUUGUCCAGGUACCUGUGGUAUUGAUGCCAUCUGUGAGGUCGUCAACCACAAUCCCUUGUGCUCAUGCCCUCGCAGCAUGACAGGCGAUCCCUUCGUUCGCUGUGAACCGAUCCGUGCUCCUCCUGAUCCAUGCAUCCCUACUCCAUGUGGCCCAUACACCAAAUGUCAAGUUGUGAAAGACAGAGCAGUGUGUUCUUGUCUUCCCGGCUACUUUGGAAACCCAGACUUUGGAUGCAAGACAGAGUGUACCAUCAACUCUGAUUGCCCUCUGAGUAGUGCAUGCAUUAACAGGAAAUGUGUUGACCCAUGCAUUGGUGUGUGUGGUAAUCAGGCUGAGUGUAUUGUGGUCAGCCACAACCCAUUGUGUAGCUGCCCUGAUGGUUUCAUUGGUGAUCCUCUUGUUUCCUGUAAACCAAAGGCUGUUGUUCCAGUUGAUCCAUGUAACCCCAACCCCUGUGGAAUCAAUGCUAAUUGUGAAGUCAAGAACAACCGAGCAUUCUGUACUUGCUUCCCUGGAUACUUUGGUAACCCAGAUGUGGAGUGCAGACCUGAGUGCAUCAUCAAUUCUGACUGCCCCCGAUACCUGGCAUGUGCUAAUCAGAAAUGUAUUGAUCCAUGCCCAGGCUCCUGUGGCAUCAAUGCACUCUGUGAUGUUAUCAACCAUAAUGCCAUGUGCAGCUGUCCACGUGGUUACAACGGCGACCCAUAUGUCGAGUGCAGAGUUGCACCACCACCGCCCGUCAAGUGCUCCCCGAAUGCAUGUGGCUUUAACACUGAAUGUAGAGUUACUAAUGGUUUUCCUAUAUGCUAUUGCCUCCCCAGCUACACGGGCGACCCUUACAAAGGGUGCUCACCCACUACCACAACUCCUCCCCCCCCGCUAGUAGCUAUCCCAGGCCCCUCAACCCCCAUGCCUUUCCAUCCCCCUACUACUCCAUCCUCUCCCCCCCGUCCACCCAUUGAGUGCGAGGCUAACUCACAUUGCUCACCCUCAAGAACGUGUAUCAACCAGCGCUGCGUCGAUCCCUGCACUGCCAGCCUCCCUUGUGCUGUGGGGGCAGAGUGUACUGUCAUCCGCCAUCGCCCUGUGUGCAGAUGUCCAUCAGGCUUCCAGGGAAAUCCACAGAUUACCUGCACUCCCAUCCCGACUACCCCCAAACCAGACUGUCUUGCUGACCGUGACUGCCCACUGGACAAAGCAUGCGCAGGGAGGCAAUGCGUUGACCCUUGUCGAUUAGCUAACCCAUGUUCACACUUGGCCGAGUGUACUGUUGUUGGGCAUAUGCCAGACUGUACAUGUAUCUUAGGUUAUGUUGGUAAUGGUUAUUAUUGUGAACUCUCUACUACAACAUCAACAACACCUGGACCCAUUGCUCACUUCCCCUCUCACACAACCGUCCGCCCGGAAGUUGCUACCCAUCCUCCAAGCCAUGAAGUGGAAUAUGAGUGCACCAGAGAUUUUGAGUGCGAUGAUGAUGAAAUGUGCCAUAAUAGAGAAUGUGAACCUGUCUGUAUAGUGUCUAAUCCGUGCACAGGUGACAACACUGCAUGUCGUGGAAUCAAUCAUCGGCCUGUGUGCCAGUGUCUUCCUGGAUUUAUUGGUAACCCAUUCAUUGAAUGCAAGAGACCUUUGCCACCAACACCAUCACCAGAAUGUCUUUCUGACCGAGAAUGCCCAGAUAAUAAGGCUUGUGCUCAAAGAGAAUGUAUAAAUCCGUGUAUCUUAUCAAAUCCAUGUUCGCUAUAUGCAGAAUGUACAACACGGGAACACUUCCCAGUUUGUACAUGUAUUUUAGGUUUUACGGGGAAUGGGUAUUUCUGUGACAGGCUUCCACCAAUAGUGGAAAUACAAACACUCCCUACAAGUGUUACAAGACCACCUAUUGCGGUGACAACUAACACUCAUAGUCCCAUAGCUGAGUAUCCUACUACAGAGCGUUCUACACCAAAAACUCCCAUCCCAAGGCCACCAUUCCUGCCACCCCUUCCGCCCAUUAGUGUAGGAUGCCAAAGCAAUGAUGACUGCCCAUACAGUAACUCUUGUAUAAACAAACUGUGUGUCGAUGUGUGCCAUCAAGGUUACUGUGGCAAGAAUGCAGACUGCUCCAUCAAGUUUGACAUCCCUAUGUGUUCUUGUCCACCUGGAACAUCUGGUGAUCCUUUUAUCGGAUGUAAGGCAAUAGCCACAGAAGCUCCUCCAACCACACUAGCUCCUCUUGCAGGUACACAUAGUCCUCUGCAAGAAAUUCCUUUGAAUCCUGUCUUUGGCCCUACAUCACCUACACUACCCCCUCUUGCUGCAGCAUCUACCACGAGAAUCCCUGAUACUUUCUUACAGUCUACCACCAUUCAUUCAUUACCACCACCGAUAACCAUUGGCUGUGAAAGUAAUGAUGAAUGUCCAUAUGAUAACACUUGUAUCAAUAAGCUGUGUGGUGAUGUUUGCAGUCCAUCCUUAUGUGGCGAGGAUGCAGAAUGCUAUACCCUGUCCAACAGACCAUCGUGCUUCUGCCCUCCUGGAACAACAGGUAAUCCUACCAUCAAGUGUACGGCUACAAUGACUGAGCGGCCCAGUACUCUUCAUCCACCUGUUGCUGAGACAUUUCCAACACCACCACAGGAAUCAAUCCAGCCCAUUCCAGGCCCCUCACACACACCGCAUCCACCGAUAGCUGAAGUUGGAACUCGAAGACCAUUAACUCCAUUUGAUGAACCGGAGAAACUCCUUCCUCCUAUAAUACCACCUAUUGCAAUUGCUUGUGAGAAUAAUGAUGACUGCACAAUUGAUAACACCUGUUACAAUAAGUUGUGUUAUGAUGUUUGUGCUCUAGGAAUAUGUGGUGAAGAUUCAACCUGUACAAUCACUGUACAUCGUCCAGUAUGUACAUGUCCACCUGGAACAACAGGAAAUCCCACUGACAGGUGUAUUGCACUACUAACAGAACAACCAUCAACUUUCAGUCCAAUAGCAGAAACAAAUGCUCCCAUUGUAGAUAAUCCAAUAAUUCCAAGUCCCAUUCAUACCACUUCUAGAAUACCACUUGUUGACAUUACUACUAAAAGACCCACACCAACUACGCUACCUCCUCCAAAGCCACCUACCCCAAGUCCAAUAGUUGUUGGUUGUGAAAGCACAGAUGCAUGUCCAUCAGAUAAUUCUUGCAUCAAUAAGCUUUGCCUCGAUGUCUGUUUCCCAGGAUUUUGUGGUGAAAAUGCAGAAUGUCAGACAGUUCAACACCGACCAAAAUGUAAAUGCCCUCCAGGAACAUCGGGCAAUCCAACAAUUAAGUGCUCUGCAAUAGCAGUUGAUGUUUUACCUCUCCCUAUGGCUGAACCUAAGCCUGCUCCACCUUAUGAACAAGUAAUCCCAAUUGCUGGUCCCUCAACCACAGGUUUGCCACCACUAACAGAACAUGUAACCCGUCCACUCCCAGAUAUAACAGUGGCACAACCCAUACCACCACCAGUCAUACCAUCUAUAAUAAUUGCCUGUGAAAAUAAUGAUGAUUGUGAAAUGAGCAAUUCAUGCAUCAAUAUGCUGUGUUAUGAUGCAUGCAGUCUCAAUUCAUGUGGUGAAGAAGCUGACUGUAAAACAAUUAAUCACCGUCCAGUUUGUAUCUGUCCACCAGGAACUACUGGCGAUCCACAGUUUGGAUGCAAAGCUACAACAACUGAACGAGUAACAACUCUCUCUCCAGUGACUGAUAGACCACCUCAACCUAAUGAUGUUCCUAUUCAACCUCUUGCUGGUCCAUCAUCUGAACUUCCCAUACCAGUGACAGAACAGCCAACCACAAGGCCACCAGCACCACCUUUGACAACGCACAGACCUGUGCCAACACCUCCCAUGAUUCCCAUUGGUUGUGAGAGCACUGAUGAUUGUCCAUUUGAUAAUUCAUGUGUCAACCGUCUCUGUAUGGACAUUUGUCACCCAGGAUUAUGUGGAGAAAAUGCUGAUUGUCAAACAGUGGGACAUAAACCUUCUUGUCUGUGUCCUCCUGGCACUACUGGUAAUCCAACAGAACAUUGUGUGGCAUUAGUAACAGAGAGGCCAACAACAGUUAUCCCCCUUACUGAGAGACCAGUUCCUCCAGCUGAUGCUAACAUUAUUCCUGGAAUAGGACCAUCCAGUACUCCUCUUCCACCACUAGCAGAAACAUCAAUCAGGCCCACUGAACCACCAUUACCUUCAACAACUCCAUCUCCAAUUGUACCACCAAUUGUUAUAGCCUGUGAAAAUAAUGAUGACUGUACUACAGACAACUCCUGCAUCAAUAAUUUAUGCUAUGAUGUGUGCAGUUUAGGUAUUUGUGGAGAUGAUGCUGACUGCAGAAUACGUGAUCAUCGUCCAGUGUGUAGUUGUCCUCCAGGAACCACAGGAGAUCCUACACGUGGAUGCUAUGCAGAGCUCACUGAAAGGCCUCCAUCUCCUCCAUCUCCAAUACCAGAGAUUCGACCACCUGGAGAUGAAGCUACAAUAAGACCCAUUGCAGAAUCAGCAAGCCCUGGUCUUCCUCCUGUGGCAGAACAGACAACACUAAGGCCUACACUACCUCCAAUAACAACACCACCUCCACCACCCACACCAGGUCCCAUACCUGUUGGAUGUGAAACAACAGAUGAUUGUCCAUCUGAUAAUUCUUGUGUGAAUAGACUGUGUCUUGAUGUCUGUUAUCCUGGAAUAUGUGGGAAUAAUGCAGAAUGUCAAACACAUGGUCAUCGUCCCUUAUGUACUUGUCCACCAGGAACAACUGGCAAUCCUACCAUCAAAUGUUCGGCAAUGGUUGUUGAUAUACCUUCAACCCCAUAUCCUCCUAUUGCUGGUGAGCAACCAAUUCAGCCAGAUUCUCCUAUUAGACCUAUCUCAGGUUCAUCAACCACUGGACAGCCACCUCUAGCAGAAGAAACAAUACGUUCUACACCAAAACCAUUCGUAGCCAGACCUACUCCACAACCUAUUAUCCCUACUAUUUCUAUUGCAUGUGAAAACAAUGAUGAUUGUGACAUAGGUGACUCGUGUAUCAACAUGCUUUGUUAUGACGCAUGUAGCCUUAACUUCUGUGGAGAAGAUGCUGACUGUAAAACUAUUGACCAUCGUCCAGUUUGUAUCUGCCCACCAGGAACCAGUGGAAAUCCUCAGGUUGGUUGCAAAGCUACAGUGACUGAAAGAGUAACAACUGUUCCUCCAGUGACUGAUAGGCCACCUCAACCUAAUGAUGUUCCUAUUCAACCUCUUGCUGGUCCAUCAUCUGAACUUCCCAUACCAGUGACAGAACAGCCAACCACAAGGCCACCAGAAAUUCCUUUGGCAACACACAGACCUGUGCCAACACCUCCCAUGAUUCCCAUUGGUUGUGAGAGCACUGAUGAUUGUCCAUUUGAUAAUUCAUGUGUCAACCGUCUCUGUAUGGACAUUUGUCACCCAGGAUUAUGUGGAGAAAAUGCUGAUUGUAAGACAGUGGGACAUAAACCUUCUUGUCUGUGUCCUCCUGGCACUACUGGUAAUCCAACAGAACAUUGUGUGGCAUUAGUAACAGAGAGGCCAACAACAGUUAUCCCCCUUACUGAGAGACCAGUUCCUCCAGCUGAUGCUAACAUUAUUCCUGGAAUAGGACCAUCCAGUACUCCUCUUCCACCACUAGCAGAAACAUCAAUCAGGCCCACUGAACCACCAUUACCUUCAACAACUCCAUCUCCAAUUGUACCACCAAUUGUUAUAGCCUGCGAAAAUAAUGAUGACUGUACUACAGACAACUCCUGCAUCAAUAAUUUAUGCUAUGAUGUGUGCAGUUUAGGUAUUUGUGGAGAUGAUGCUGACUGCAGAAUACGUGAUCAUCGUCCAGUGUGUAGUUGUCCUCCAGGAACCACAGGAGAUCCUACACGUGGAUGCUAUGCAGAGCUCACUGAAAGGCCUCCAUCUCCUCCAUCUCCAAUACCAGAGAUUCGACCACCUGGAGAUGAAGCUACAAUAAGACCCAUUGCAGAAUCAGCAAGCCCUGGUCUUCCUCCUGUGGCAGAACAGACAACACUAAGGCCUACACUACCUCCAAUAACAACACCACCUCCACCACCCACACCAGGUCCCAUACCUGUUGGAUGUGAAACAACAGAUGAUUGUCCAUCUGAUAAUUCUUGUGUGAAUAGACUGUGUCUUGAUGUCUGUUAUCCUGGAAUAUGUGGGAAUAAUGCAGAAUGUCAAACACAUGGUCAUCGUCCCUUAUGUACUUGUCCACCAGGAACAACUGGCAAUCCUACCAUCAAAUGUUCGGCAAUGGUUGUUGAUAUACCUUCAACCCCAUAUCCUCCUAUUGCUGGUGAGCAACCAAUUCAGCCAGAUUCUCCUAUUAGACCUAUCUCAGGUUCAUCAACCACUGGACAGCCACCUCUAGCAGAAGAAACAAUACGUUCUACACCAAAACCAUUCGUAGCCAGACCUACUCCACAACCUAUUAUCCCUACUAUUUCUAUUGCAUGUGAAAACAAUGAUGAUUGUGACAUAGGUGACUCGUGUAUCAACAUGCUUUGUUAUGACGCAUGUAGCCUUAACUUCUGUGGAGAAGAUGCUGACUGUAAAACUAUUGACCAUCGUCCAGUGUGUAGUUGUCCUCCAGGAACCACAGGAGAUCCUACACGUGGAUGCUAUGCAGAGCUCACUGAAAGGCCUCCAUCUCCUCCAUCUCCAAUACCAGAGAUUCGACCACCUGGAGAUGAAGCUACAAUAAGACCCAUUGCAGAAUCAGCAAGCCCUGGUCUUCCUCCUGUGGCAGAACAGACAACACUAAGGCCUACACUACCUCCAAUAACAACACCACCUCCACCACCCACACCAGGUCCCAUACCUGUUGGAUGUGAAACAACAGAUGAUUGUCCAUCUGAUAAUUCUUGUGUGAAUAGACUGUGUCUUGAUGUCUGUUAUCCUGGAAUAUGUGGGAAUAAUGCAGAAUGUCAAACACAUGGUCAUCGUCCCUUAUGUACUUGUCCACCAGGAACAACUGGCAAUCCUACCAUCAAAUGUUCGGCAAUGGUUGUUGAUAUACCUUCAACCCCACAUCCUCCUAUUGCUGGUGAGCAACCAAUUCAGCCAGAUUCUCCUAUUAGACCUAUCUCAGGUUCAUCAACCACUGGACAGCCACCUCUGGCAGAAGAAACAAUACGUUCUACACCAAAGCCAUUUGUAGCCAGACCUACUCCACAACCUAUUAUCCCUCCCAUUUCCAUUGCUUGUGAAAAUAAUGAUGAUUGUGACAUAGGUGACUCAUGUAUCAACAUGCUUUGUUAUGAUGCAUGUAGCCUUAACUUCUGUGGAGAAGAUGCUGACUGUAAAACUAUUGACCAUCGUCCAGUUUGUAUCUGUCCACCAGGAACCAGUGGAAAUCCUCAGGUUGGUUGCAAAGCUACAGUGACUGAAAGAGUAACAACUGUUCCUCCAGUGACUGAUAGACCACCUCAACCUAAUGAUGUUCCUAUUCAACCUCUUGCUGGUCCAUCAUCUGAACUUCCCAUACCAGUGACAGAACAGCCAACCACAAGGCCACCAGAAACUCCUUUGACAACGCACAGACCUGUGCCAACACCUCCCAUGAUUCCCAUUGGUUGUGAGAGCACUGAUGAUUGUCCAUUUGAUAAUUCAUGUGUCAACCGUCUCUGUAUGGAUGUUUGUCACCCAGGAUUAUGUGGAGAAAAUGCUGACUGCCAGACAGUGGGACAUAAACCCUCUUGUCUGUGUCCUCCUGGCACUACUGGUAAUCCAACAGAACAUUGUGUGGCAUUAGUAACAGAGAGGCCAACAACAGUUAUCCCCCUUACUGAGAGACCAGUUCCUCCAGCUGAUGCUAACAUUAUUCCUGGAAUAGGACCAUCCAGUACUCCUCUUCCACCACUAGCAGAAACAUCAAUCAGGCCCACUGAACCACCAUUACCUUCAACAACUCCAUCUCCAAUUGUACCACCAAUUGUUAUAGCCUGUGAAAAUAAUGAUGACUGUACUACAGACAACUCCUGCAUCAAUAAUUUAUGCUAUGAUGUGUGCAGUUUAGGUAUUUGUGGAGAUGAUGCUGACUGCAGAAUACGUGAUCAUCGUCCAGUGUGUAGUUGUCCUCCAGGAACCACAGGAGAUCCUACACGUGGAUGCUAUGCAGAGCUCACUGAAAGGCCUCCAUCUCCUCCAUCUCCAAUACCAGAGAUUCGACCACCUGGAGAUGAAGCUACAAUAAGACCCAUUGCAGAACCAUCAAGCCCUGGUCUUCCUCCUGUGGCAGAACAGACAACACUAAGGCCUACACUACCUCCAAUAACAACACCACCUCCACCACCCACACCAGGUCCCAUACCUAAUGUCAAACGACAUGGACAUCGUCCCUUAUGUACUUGUCCACCAGGAACAACUGGCAAUCCUACCAUCAAAUGUUCGGCAAUGGUUGUUGAUAUACCUUCAACCCCACAUCCUCCUAUUGCUGGUGAGCAACCAAUUCAGCCAGAUUCUCCUAUUAGUCCUAUCUCAGGUUCAUCAACCACUGGACAGCCACCUCUGGCAGAAGAAACAAUACGGUCCUACACCAAAGCCAUUCGUAGCCAGACCUACUCCACAACCUAUUAUCCCUCCUAUUUCUAUUGCUUGAUGUUCCUAUUCAAACCUCUUGCGGGUCCAUCAUCUGAACGUCCCAUACCAGUGACAGAACAGGCCACACCACAAGGCCACCAGAACAUUCCUUUGACAACGCACAGACCUGUUGCCAACACCUCCCAUGAUUCCCUAUUGGAUAUUUUAGGUAUUUGUGGAGAUGAUGCUGACUGCAGAAUACGUGAUCAUCGUCCAGUGUGUAGUUGUCCUCCAGGAACCACAGGAGAUCCUACACGUGGAUGCUAUGCAGAGCUCACUGAAAGGCCUCCAUCUCCUCCAUCUCCAAUACCAGAGAUUCGACCACCUGGAGAUGAAGCUACAAUAAGACCCAUUGCAGAAUCAGCAAGCCCUGGUCUUCCUCAGUGGAAAUCCUCAGUGACAGAACAGCCAACCACAAGGCCACCAGAAACUCCUUUGACAACGCACAGACCUGUGCCAACGCCUCCCAUGAUUCCCAUUGGUUGUGAGAGCACUGAUGAUUGUCCAUUUGAUAAUUCAUGUGUCAACCGUCUCUGUAUGGACGUUUGUCACCCAGGAUUAUGUGGAGAAAAUGCUGAUUGUCAAACAGUGGGACAUAAACCUUCUUGUCUGUGUCCUCCUGGCACUACUGGUAAUCCAACAGAACAUUGUGUGGCAUUAGUAACAGAGAGGCCAACAACAGUUAUCCCCCUUACUGAGAGACCAGUUCCUCCAGCUGAUGCUAACAUUAUUCCUGGAAUAGGACCAUCCAGUACUCCUCUUCCACCACUAGCAGAAACAUCAAUCAGGCCCACUGAACCACCAUUACCUUCAACAACUCCAUCUCCAAUUGUACCACCAAUUGUUAUAGCCUGUGAAAAUAAUGAUGACUGUACUACAGACAACUCCUGCAUCAAUAAUUUAUGCUAUGAUGUGUGCAGUUUAGGUAUUUGUGGAGAUGAUGCUGACUGCAGAAUACGUGAUCAUCGUCCAGUGUGUAGUUGUCCUCCAGGAACCACAGGAGAUCCUACACGUGGAUGCUAUGCAGAGCUCACUGAAAGGCCUCCAUCUCCUCCAUCUCCAAUACCAGAGAUUCGACCACCUGGAGAUGAAGCUACAAUAAGACCCAUUGCAGAAUCAGCAAGCCCUGGUCUUCCUCCUGUGGCAGAACAGACAACACUAAGGCCUACACUACCUCCAAUAACAACACCACCUCCACCACCCACACCAGGUCCCAUACCUGUUGGAUGUGAAACAACAGAUGAUUGUCCAUCUGAUAAUUCUUGUGUGAAUAGACUGUGUCUUGAUGUCUGUUAUCCUGGAAUAUGUGGGAGUAAUGCAGAAUGUCAAACGCAUGGACAUCGUCCCUUAUGUACUUGUCCACCAGGAACAACUGGCAAUCCUACCAUCAAAUGUUCGGCAAUGGUUGUUGAUAUACCUUCAACCCCAUAUCCUCCAAUUGCUGGUGAGCAACCAAUUCAGCCAGAUUCUCCUAUCAGUCCUAUCUCAGGUUCAUCAACCACUGGACAACCACCUCUGGCAGAAGAAACAACGCGUCCUACAUCAAAACCAUUCGUAAUCAGACCUACUCCACAACCUAUUAUCCCUCCUAUUUCUAUUGCUUGUGAGAAUAAUGAUGACUGUGACAUAGGUGACUCGUGUAUCAACAUGCUUUGUUAUGAUGCAUGUAGCCUUAACUUCUGUGGAGAAGAUGCUGACUGUAAAACUAUUGACCAUCGUCCAGUUUGUAUCUGUCCACCAGGAACCAGUGGAAAUCCUCAGGUUGGUUGCAAAGCUACAGUGACUGAAAGAGUAACAACUGUUCCUCCAGUGACUGAUAGACCACCUCAACCUAAUGAUGUUCCUAUUCAACCUCUUGCUGGUCCAUCAUCUGAACUUCCCAUACCAGUGACAGAACAGCCAACCACAAGGCCACCAGAAAUUCCUUUGACAACGCACAGACCUGUGCCAACACCUCCCAUGAUUCCCAUUGGUUGUGAGAGCACUGAUGAUUGUCCAUUUGAUAAUUCAUGUGUCAACCGUCUCUGUAUGGACGUUUGUCACCCAGGAUUAUGUGGAGAAAAUGCUGAUUGUCAAACAGUGGGACAUAAACCUUCUUGUAUAUGUCCACCUGGCACUACUGGUAAUCCAACAGAACAUUGUGUGGCAUUAGUAACAGAGAGGCCAACAACAGUUAUCCCCCUUACUGAGAGACCAGUUCCUCCAGCUGAUGCUAACAUUAUUCCUGGAAUAGGACCAUCCAGUACUCCUCUUCCACCACUAGCAGAAACAUCAAUCAGGCCCACUGAACCACCAUUACCUUCAACAACUCCAUCUCCAAUUGUACCACCAAUUGUUAUAGCCUGUGAAAAUAAUGAUGACUGUGACAUAGGUGACUCUGUAUCAACAUGCUUUGUUAUGAGGCAUGUAGCCUUAACUUCUGUGGAGAAGAUGCUGACUGUAAAACUAUUGACCAUCGUCCAGUUUGUAUCUGUCCACCAUGAACCAGUGGAAAUCCUCAGGCCACCAGCACCACCUUUGACAACGCACAGACCUGUGCCAACACCUCCCAUGAUUCCCAUUGGUUGUGAGAGCACUGAUGAUUGUCCAUUUGAUAAUUCAUGUGUCAACCGUCUCUGUAUGGACUUUUGUCACCCAGGAUUAUGUGGAGAAAAUGCUGACUGUCAAACAGUGGGACAUAAACCUUCUUGUCUGUGUCCUCCUGGCACUACUGGUAAUCCAACAGAACAUUGUGUGGCAUUAGUAACAGAGAGGCCAACAACAGUUAUCCCCCUUACUGAGAGACCAGUUCCUCCAGCUGAUGCUAACAUUAUUCCUGGAAUAGGACCAUCCAGUACUCCUCUUCCACCACUAGCAGAAACAUCAAUCAGGCCCACUGAACCACCAUUACCUUCAACAACUCCAUCUCCAAUUGUACCACCAAUUGUUAUAGCCUGUGAAAAUAAUGAUGACUGUGACAUAGGAACCAGUGGAAAUCCUCAGGUUGGUUGCAAAGCUACAGUGACUGAAAGAGUAACAACUGUUCCUCCAGUGACUGAUAGACCACCUCAACCUAAUGAUGUUCCUAUUCAACCUCUUGCUGGUCCAUCAUCUGAACUUCCCAUACCAGUGACAGAACAGCCAACCACAAGGCCACCAGAAAUUCCUUUGACAACGCACAGACCUGUGCCAACACCUCCCAUGAUUCCUAUUGGUUGUGAGAGCACUGACGAUUGUCCAUUUGAUAAUUCAUGUGUCAACCGUCUCUGUAUGGACGUUUGUCACCCAGGAUUAUGUGGAGAAAAUGCUGAUUGUCAAACAGUGGGACAUAAACCUUCUUGUAUAUGUCCACCUGGCACUACUGGUAAUCCAACUGAACAUUGUGUGGCAUUAGUAACAGAGAGGCCAACAACAGUUAUCCCCCUUACUGAGAGACCAGUUCCUCCAGCUGAUGCUAACAUUAUUCCUGGAAUAGGACCAUCCAGUACUCCUCUUCCACCACUAGCAGAAACAUCAAUCAGGCCCACUGAACCACCAUUACCUUCAACAACUCCAUCUCCAAUUGUACCACCAAUUGUUAUAGCCUAUGCUGACUGUAAAACUAUUGACCAUCGUCCAGUUUGUAUCUGUCCACCAGGAACCAGUGGAAAUCCUCAGGUUGGUUGCAAAGCUACAGUGACUGAAAGAGUAACAACUGUUCCUCCAGUGACUGAUAGACCACCUCAACCUAAUGAUGUUCCUAUUCAACCUCUUCCUGGUCCAUCAUCUGAACUUCCCAUACCAGUGACAGAACAGCCAACCACAAGGCCACCAGAAACUCCUUUGACAACGCACAGACCUGUGCCAACGCCUCCCAUGAUUCCCAUUGGUUGUGAGAGCACUGAUGAUUGUCCAUUUGAUAAUUCAUGUGUCAACCGUCUCUUAACAGAGAGGCCAACAACAGUUAUCCCCCUUACUGAGAGACCAGUUCCUCCAGCUGAUGCUAACAUUAUUCCUGGAAUAGGACCAUCCAGUACUCCUCUUCCACCACUAGCAGAAACAUCAAUCAGGCCCACUGAACCACCAUUACCUUCAACAACUCCAUCUCCAAUUGUACCACCAAUUGUUAUAGCCUGUGAAAAUAAUGAUGACUUUUUAGGUAUUUGUGGAGAUGAUGCUGACUGCAGAAUACGUGAUCAUCGUCCAGUGUGUAGUUGUCCUCCAGGAACCACAGGAGAUCCUACACGUGGAUGCUAUGCAGAGCUCACUGAAAGGCCUCCAUCUCCUCCAUCUCCAAUACCAGAGAUUCGACCACCUGGAGAUGAAGCUACAAUAAGACCCAUUGCAGAAUCAGCAAGCCCUGGUCUUCCUCCUGUGGCAGAACAGACAACACUAAGGCCUACACUACCUCCAAUAACAACACCACCUCCACCACCCACACCAGGUCCCAUACCUGUUGGAUGUGAAACAACAGAUGAUUGUCCAUCUGAUAAUUCUUGUGUGAAUAGACUGUGUCUUGAUGUCUGUUAUCCUGGAAUAUGUGGGAGUAAUGCAGAAUGUCAAACGCAUGGACAUCGUCCCUUAUGUACUUGUCCACCAGGAACAACUGGCAAUCCUACCAUCAAAUGUUCGGCAAUGGUUGUUGAUAUACCUUCAACCCCAUAUCCUCCAAUUGCUGGUGAGCAACCAAUUCAGCCAGAUUCUCCUAUCAGUCCUAUCUCAGGUUCAUCAACCACUGGACAACCACCUCUGGCAGAAGAAACAACGCGUCCUACAUCAAAACCAUUCGUAAUCAGACCUACUCCACAACCUAUUAUCCCUCCUAUUUCUAUUGCUUGUGAGAAUAAUGAUGACUGUGACAUAGGUGACUCGUGUAUCAACAUGCUUUGUUAUGAUGCAUGUAGCCUUAACUUCUGUGGAGAAGAUGCUGACUGUAAAACUAUUGACCAUCGUCCAGUUUGUAUCUGUCCACCAGGAACCAGUGGAAAUCCUCAGGUUGGUUGCAAAGCUACAGUGACUGAAAGAGUAACAACUGUUCCUCCAGUGACUGAUAGACCACCUCAACCUAAUGAUGUUCCUAUUCAACCUCUUGCUGGUCCAUCAUCUGAACUUCCCAUACCAGUGACAGAACAGCCAACCACAAGGCCACCAGCACCACCUUUGACAACGCACAGACCUGUGCCAACACCUCCCAUGAUUCCCAUUGGUUGUGAGAGCACUGAUGAUUGUCCAUUUGAUAAUUCAUGUGUCAACCGUCUCUGUAUGGACGUCUGUCACCCAGGAUUAUGUGGAGAAAAUGCUGAUUGUCAAACAGUGGGACAUAAACCUUCUUGUAUAUGUCCACCUGGCACUACUGGUAAUCCAACAGAACAUUGUGUGGCAUUAGUAACAGAGAGGCCAACAACAGUUAUCCCCCUUACUGAGAGACCAGUUCCUCCAGCUGAUGCUAACAUUAUUCCUGGAAUAGGACCAUCCAGUACUCCUCUUCCACCACUAGCAGAAACAUCAAUCAGGCCCACUGAACCACCAUUACCUUCAACAACUCCAUCUCCAAAUUUGUGUAGUUGUCCUCCAGGAACCACAGGAGAUCCUACACGUGGAUGCUAUGCAGAGCUCACUGAAAGGCCUCCAUCUCCUCCAUCUCCAAUUGUACCACCAAUUGUUAUAGCCUGCGAAAAUAAUGAUGACUGUGACAUAGGUGACUCGUGUAUCAACAUGCUUUGUUAUGAUGCAUGUAGCCUUAACUUCUGUGGAGAAGAUGCUGACUGUAAAACUAUUGACCAUCGUCCAGUUUGUAUCUGUCCACCAGGAACCAGUGGAAAUCCUCAGGUUGGUUGCAAAGCUACAGUGACUGAAAGAGUAACAACUGUUCCUCCAGUGACUGAUAGACCACCUCAACCUAAUGAUGUUCCUAUUCAACCUCUUGCUGGUCCAUCAUCUGAACUUCCCAUACCAGUGACAGAACAGCCAACCACAAGGCCACCAGAAAUUCCUUUGACAACGCACAGACCUGUGCCAACACCUCCCAUGAUUCCUAUUGGUUGUGAGAGCACUGACGAUUGUCCAUUUGAUAAUUCAUGUGUCAACCGUCUCUGUAUGGACGUUUGUCACCCAGGAUUAUGUGGAGAAAAUGCUGAUUGUCAAACAGUGGGACAUAAACCUUCUUGUAUAUGUCCACCUGGCACUACUGGUAAUCCAACUGAACAUUGUGUGGCAUUAGUAACAGAGAGGCCAACAACAGUUUUCCCCCUUACUGAGAGACCAGUUCCUCCAGCUGAUGCUAACAUUAUUCCUGGAAUAGGACCAUCCAGUACUCCUCUUCCACCACUAGCAGAAACAUCAAUCAGGCCCACUGAACCACCAUUACCUUCAACAACUCCAUCUCCAAUUGUACCACCAAUUGUUAUAGCCUGCGAAAAUAAUGAUGACUGUGACAUAGGUGACUCGUGUAUCAACAUGCUUUGUUAUGAUGCAUGUAGCCUUAACUUCUGUGGAGAAGAUGCUGACUGUAAAACUAUUGACCAUCGUCCAGUUUGUAUCUGUCCACCAGGAACCAGUGGAAAUCCUCAGGUUGGUUGCAAAGCUACAGUGACUGAAAGAGUAACAACUGUUCCUCCAGUGACUGAUAGACCACCUCAACCUAAUGAUGUUCCUAUUCAACCUCUUGCUGGUCCAUCAUCUGAACUUCCCAUACCAGUGACAGAACAGCCAACCACAAGGCCACCAGAAAUUCCUUUGACAACGCACAGACCUGUGCCAACACCUCCCAUGAUUCCCAUUGGUUGUGAGAGCACUGACGAUUGUCCAUUUGAUAAUUCAUGUGUCAACCGUCUCUGUAUGGACGUUUGUCACCCAGGAUUAUGUGGAGAAAAUGCUGAUUGUCAAACAGUGGGACAUAAACCUUCUUGUAUAUGUCCUCCUGGCACUACUGGUAAUCCAACUGAACAUUGUGUGGCAUUAGUAACAGAGAGGCCAACAACAGUUUUCCCCCUUACUGAGAGACCAGUUCCUCCAGCUGAUGCUAACAUUAUUCCUGGAAUAGGACCAUCCAGUACUCCUCUUCCACCACUAGCAGAAACAUCAAUCAGGCCCACUGAACCACCAUUACCUUCAACAACUCCAUCUCCAAUUGUACCACCAAUUGUUAUAGCCUGCGAAAAUAAUGAUGACUGUGACAUAGGAACCAGUGGAAAUCCUCAGGUUGGUUGCAAAGCUACAGUGACUGAAAGAGUAACAACUGUUCCUCCAGUGACUGAUAGACCACCUCAACCUAAUGAUGUUCCUAUUCAACCUCUUGCUGGUCCAUCAUCUGAACUUCCCAUACCAGUGACAGAACAGCCAACCACAAGGCCACCAGAAAUUCCUUUGACAACGCACAGACCUGUGCCAACACCUCCCAUGAUUCCCAUUGGUUGUGAGAGCACUGACGAUUGUCCAUUUGAUAAUUCAUGUGUCAACCGUCUCUGUAUGGACGUUUGUCACCCAGGAUUAUGUGGAGAAAAUGCUGAUUGUCAAACAGUGGGACAUAAACCUUCUUGUAUAUGUCCUCCUGGCACUACUGGUAAUCCAACUGAACAUUGUGUGGCAUUAGUAACAGAGAGGCCAACAACAGUUUUCCCUCUUACUGAGAGACCAGUUCCUCCAGCUGAUGCUAACAUUAUUCCUGGAAUAGGACCAUCCAGUACUCCUCUUCCACCACUAGCAGAAACAUCAAUCAGGCCCACUGAACCACCAUUACCUUCAACAACUCCAUCUCCAAUUGUACCACCAAUUGUUAUAGCCUGCGAAAAUAAUGAUGACUGUACUACAGACAACUCCUGCAUCAAUAAUUUAUGCUAUGAUGUGUGCAGUUUAGGUAUUUGUGGAGAUGAUGCUGACUGCAGAAUACGUGAUCAUCGUCCAGUGUGUAGUUGUCCUCCAGGAACCACAGGAGAUCCUACACGUGGAUGCUAUGCAGAGCUCACUGAAAGGCCUCCAUCUCCUCCAUCUCCAAUACCAGAGAUUCGACCACCUGGAGACGAAGCUACAAUAAGACCCAUUGCAGAAUCAGCAAGCCCUGGUCUUCCUCCUGUGGCAGAACAGACAACACUAAGGCCUACACUACCUCCAAUAACAACACCACCUCCACCACCCACACCAGGUCCCAUACCUGUUGGAUGUGAAACAACAGAUGAAUGUCCAUCUGAUAAUUCUUGUAUAAACAGACUGUGUCUUGAUGUCUGUUAUCCUGGAAUAUGUGGGAGUAAUGCAGAAUGUCAAACACAUGGACAUCGUCCCUUAUGUACUUGUCCACCAGGAACAACUGGUAAUCCUACCAUCAAGUGUUCAGCAAUGGUUGUUGAUAUACCUUCAACCCCAUAUCCUCCAAUUGCUGGUGAGCAACCAAUUCAGCCAGAUUCUCCUAUCAGUCCUAUCUCAGGUUCAUCAACCACUGGACAACCACCUCUGGCAGAAGAAACAACACAUCCUGCACCAGAACCAUUACCAGUCAGACCUACUCCACAACCUGUUAUCCCUCCUAUUUCCAUUGCUUGUGAAAAUAAUGAUGACUGUGACAUAGGUGACUCGUGUAUCAACAUGCUUUGUUAUGAUGCAUGUAGCCUUAACUUCUGUGGAGAAGAUGCUGACUGUAAAACUAUUGACCAUCGUCCAGUUUGUAUCUGUCCACCAGGAACCAGUGGAAAUCCUCAGGUUGGUUGCAAAGCUACAGUGACUGAAAGAGUAACAACUGUUCCUCCAGUGACUGAUAGACCACCUCAACCUAAUGAUGUUCCUAUUCAACCUCUUGCUGGUCCAUCAUCUGAACUUCCCAUACCAGUGACAGAACAGCCAACCACAAGGCCACCAGCACCACCUUUGACAACGCACAGACCUGUGCCAACGCCUCCCAUGAUUCCCAUUGGUUGUGAGAGCACUGAUGAUUGUCCAUUUGAUAAUUCAUGUGUCAACCGUUUCUGUAUGGACGUUUGUCACCCAGGAUUAUGUGGAGAAAAUGCUGAUUGUCAAACAGUGGGACAUAAACCUUCUUGUAUAUGUCCACCUGGCACUACUGGUAAUCCAACAGAACAUUGUGUGGCAUUAGUAACAGAGAGGCCAACAACAGUUAUCCCCCUCACUGAGAGACCAGUCCCUCCAGCUGAUGCUAACAUUAUUCCUGGAAUAGGACCAUCCAGUACUCCUCUUCCACCUCUAGCAGAAACAUCAAUCAGGCCCACUGAACCACCAUUACCUUCAACAACUCCAUCACCCAUUGUACCACCAAUUGUUAUAGCCUGUGAAAAUAAUGAUGACUGUACAACAGACAAUUCAUGUAUUAAUAAUCUCUGUUAUGAUGUGUGCAGUUUAGGCAUUUGUGGAGAAGAUGCUGAAUGUAGGAUUGAUAAUCAUCGUCCAGUAUGUAGUUGUCCUCCAGGAUCAACAGGAGAUCCCACCCGAGGUUGUAAUGCUUUGCUUACUGAAAGGCCUCUAUCUACUCUCUCUCCUAUAUCAGAAAUUCGACCACCAAAGGAUGAGGUUUCCAUAACACCUGUUACUGAACCAGCAAGUCCUGGACUCCCUCCACUGGUAGAACAUCCCAAGCCAAGGCCAACACUACCUCCAGUAACUCCACCUCCACCACCACCCACACCAGGUCCUAUACCUGUAGGAUGUGAGUCUACAGAAGAGUGUCCUUCUGACAAUUCCUGUGUAAAUAAACUUUGCCUGAACAUGUGUUAUCCAGGAUUCUGUGGAGAAAAUGCAGACUGUCAGACACAAGCACAUCGACCUAUCUGUAGCUGUCCACCUGGUACUACAGGAAAUCCAACCAUCAAGUGCUCUGCAAUGGUUGUAAAAGAGCCACCAACACUCCAGCCUCCGAUCGCAGAACAGAAACCACAUCCAGAUUUACCAAUUAGACCAGUUGCAGGUUCCACAACCACUUUGCAGCCACCUUUGAUAGAAGAAACUGUGCAUCCAACACCGGAACCACUUCCACCACGACCUCCACCACCAGCUAUUGUGCCCGCAUUACCCAUUGCUUGUGAAAAUAAUGAUGACUGUACAACAGACAAUUCAUGUAUUAAUAAUCUCUGUUAUGAUGUGUGCAGUUUAGGCAUUUGUGGAGAAGAUGCUGAAUGUAGGAUUGAUAAUCAUCGUCCAGUAUGUAGUUGUCCUCCAGGAUCAACAGGAGAUCCCACCCGAGGUUGUAAUGCUUUGCUUACUGAAAGGCCUCUAUCUACUCUCUCUCCUAUAUCAGAAAUUCGACCACCAAAGGAUGAGGUUUCCAUAACACCUGUUACUGAACCAGCAAGUCCUGGACUCCCUCCACUGGUAGAACAUCCCAAGCCAAGGCCAACACUACCUCCAGUAACUCCACCUCCACCACCACCCACACCAGGUCCUAUACCUGUAGGAUGUGAGUCUACAGAAGAGUGUCCUUCUGACAAUUCCUGUGUAAAUAAACUUUGCCUGAACAUGUGUUAUCCAGGAUUCUGUGGAGAAAAUGCAGACUGUCAGACACAAGCACAUCGACCUAUCUGUAGCUGUCCACCUGGUACUACAGGAAAUCCAACCAUCAAGUGCUCUGCAAUGGUUGUAAAAGAGCCACCAACACUCCAGCCUCCGAUCGCAGAACAGAAACCACAUCCAGAUUUACCAAUUAGACCAGUUGCAGGUUCCACAACCACUUUGCAGCCACCUUUGAUAGAAGAAACUGUGCAUCCAACACCGGAACCACUUCCACCACGACCUCCACCACCAGCUAUUGUGCCCGCAUUACCCAUUGCUUGUGAAAAUAAUGAUGACUGCAAUAUAGAUAACUCCUGUCUGAAUAAGCUCUGUUAUGAUGCCUGCACUCUUGGUAUAUGUGGAGAUGAUGCAGAGUGCGAAACUGUAGACCACCGACCUGUAUGUCUUUGUCCAUAUGGAACAACUGGGGAUCCUCAAGUUGGAUGCAAAGCAAUAACAGCAGAAAUGCCUGUAACAAUUUCACCAAUAGUUGAAGAGUCGCAAGUCAGUGAUUUACCCAUUCAUGCCAUCCCAGGCCCAUCUUCAACUCCACAAUCCCCUAUUGCCGAACUACCAACUACACGGCCACCUGAACCUCCAAUGCCUCGGCCUCCGGCAAUACCAACUCCGCCGGCAAAUCCAGUUGGCUGUGAAAGCACUGAUGAUUGUCCAUAUGAUAACAGCUGCAUUAACCGUCUUUGUCUGGAUGUAUGUCAUCCUGGUCUUUGUGGUGACAGUGCUGAUUGCCAGACCAUUGGCCAUAGACCUUUAUGUUUGUGUCCUCCUGGCACUACAGGCAACCCUACAGAGAGCUGCAAGGCACUUUCUACCGACAGACCUACAACUCUGUCUCCUAUAACAGGCGCCCCAGGAAUAACUCCAGAUGAUCAGAUUGUACCAGGAAUUGGACCGUCAACACCAGUACCACCACCUCUAACUGAAACACCAACACCAAGACCAUUGCCAACAACUCCCAGACCUCCAUCAGCCCCAGUUGUUCCACCCUUCAUAAUUGCUUGUGCAAAUAAUGAUGAUUGUACAACUGAUAACUCAUGCAUUAAUAAUCUUUGUUAUGAUGUAUGCAGUCUUGGAGUGUGUGGAGAUGAUGCAGACUGUAAGAUUCAUAAUCAUCGUCCAGUUUGCAAUUGUCCUCCAGGAACCACAGGAGAUCCUUCCUAUGGAUGUCAGGCAAUGCUUACAGAAAGGCCAUUGGUACCACCUUCACCCAUUCCAGAAAUAAGUUCAACACAGCCAGGUGAUCCAAUUAGACCCAUAGCUGAACCAACAAGUCCUGGACUUCCUCCUUUGACUGAACUUCCUACGCCAAGACCAACACUGCCUCCAGUGACUGCACCUCCUCCACCACCCACACCUGGUCCCAUACCUGUAGGUUGUGAAACUUCUGAUGACUGUCCAUCUGAUAAUUCAUGUGUUAACAAACUUUGCCUUGAUGUUUGUUAUCCAGGCCUAUGUGGAGAAAGUGCAGAUUGCCAGACUCAAGGAAAUCGACCUUUGUGUACAUGUCCACCAGGAACCACUGGAAACCCAACCAUCAAAUGUUCGGCAUUGGCCUUUGAUGUACCAGUAACACCAUAUCCACCACAAGUAGGAGAAAAGCCUUUACAACCAGACUCUCCAAUCAGUCCCAUUGCAGGUCCUACAACCACAGGAGCCCCACCUUUAGUAGAAGAAUCACCUCGUCCUACACCUGAACCUCUACCACCACGGCCUUUACCACCACCAAUAGUUCCAGCAAUACCCAUUGCAUGUGAAAAUAAUGAUGACUGCUCUACCGAUAACUCUUGCAUUAAUCACUUCUGCUAUGAUGUGUGUAGUCUUGGUGUAUGUGGAGGGGAUGCUGACUGCAAAAUUCAUAAUCACCGGCCCAUCUGUAGCUGUCCUCCUGGGACUGAAGGAGAUCCUACUCAGGGAUGCAAGGCAGUACUUACAGAAAUACCUCCAACGUCUUCUCCUAUAUCUGAAAUACAUCCAUCACAACCUGGGGACCCAAUAACACCUGUAACAGAACCGACAAGCCCUGGACUUCCACCUUUGGCUGAGCUUCCCACACCAAAACCUAAACAACCUCCUGUGACCCAGCCACCACCACCGCCCACACCUGGACCCAUACCAGUUGGCUGUGAGACUACAGACGAGUGUCCAUAUGAUAAUUCUUGUAUAAACCGACUUUGCCUUGAUGUUUGUUAUCCUGGAUUUUGUGGACAAAAUGCUGACUGUCAGACUCAAGGAAAUCGACCUUUGUGUACAUGUCCACCAGGAACCACUGGAAACCCAACCAUCAAAUGUUCGGCAUUGGCCUUUGAUGUACCAGUAACACCAUAUCCACCACAAGUAGGAGAAAAGCCUUUACAACCAGACUCUCCAAUCAGUCCCAUUGCAGGUCCUACAACCACAGGAGCCCCACCUUUAGUAGAAGAAUCACCUCGUCCUACACCUGAACCUCUACCACCACGGCCUUUACCACCACCAAUAGUUCCAGCAAUACCCAUUGCAUGUGAAAAUAAUGAUGACUGCUCUACCGAUAACUCUUGCAUUAAUCACUUCUGCUAUGAUGUGUGUAGUCUUGGUGUAUGUGGAGGGGAUGCUGACUGCAAAAUUCAUAAUCACGGCCCAUCUGUAGCUGUCCCUCCUGGACUGAAGGAGAUCCUACUCAGGGAUAACCGACCAAGCCCUGGACUUCCACCUUUGGCUGAGCUUCCCACACCAAAACCUAAACAACCUCCUGUGACCCAGCCACCACCACCCGCCCCACACCUGGACCCAUACCAGUUGGCUACUCAAGGACAUCGUCCCCUUUGUACUUGUCCACCAGGUACAACAGGGAACCCAACCAUAAAGUGUACAGCUCUAGCUGCUGAUUCUCCCCAAACUCCUGCUCCUCCUCUGGCUGGAGAGACGCCCCAGCAACCUGACUCUCCAAUUACCCCACUUGCUGGACAGACAACUGCUGGACUACCACCUUUGGUGGAAGAAUUCUACUACACGACCCCCCACCAAUGCAGUGCUAUGGCAACACAGAAACCAGAAAUUACCAUUUCACCUAUAGCAGAUAUACCUGAAGUACCUAUGGCCCCACUGAUUCCAGGAGCUGGCACAACCACCACACCCCUCCCACCACUAGCAGAGAUGCCAACAACAAUAACUCCAGAGCCAGUAACUGAACGCCCAAAGCCACAACCAAUUGUUCCUCCAAUAGCUAUUGCUUGCACAAACAAUGAUGAUUGCACAACAGACAACUCGUGCAUCAACAAACUUUGCUAUGAUGUAUGUAGUCUUGGAGUGUGUGGAGAUGAUGCAGACUGUAAGAUUCAUAAUCACCGUCCAGUCUGUAGUUGUCCUCCAGGGACAUCAGGAGACCCUACAACUGGUUGUCAAGCAGUACUUACAGAAAGGCCAUUGGUACCACCUUCACCCAUUCCAGAAAUAAGUUCAACACAGCCAGGUGAUCCAAUUAGACCCAUAGCUGAACCAACAAGUCCUGGACUUCCUCCUUUGGCUGAACUUCCUACGCCAAGACCAACACUGCCUCCAGUGACUGCACCUCCUCCACCACCCACACCUGGUCCCAUACCUGUAGGUUGUGAAACUUCUGAUGACUGUCCAUCUGAUAAUUCAUGUGUUAACAGACUCUGCUUUGAUGUUUGUUAUCCAGGCCUAUGUGGAGAAAGUGCAGAUUGCCAGACUCAAGGAAAUCGUCCAGUAUGCAAGUGUCCACCAGGAACCACAGGAAACCCAACUAUCAAGUGUUCUGCUGUGGCCUUUGAGAUGCCACCAAAACCAUAUCCACCACAAGUAGGAGAAAAACCUUUACAACCAGACUCUCCAAUCAGUCCCAUUGCAGGUCCUACAACCACAGGACCACCACCUCUGGCAGAAGAAUCAACUCGUCCUCCACCUGAACCUCUACCUCCACGACCUCCACCAGCUCCCAUUGUUCCAGCAAUACCCAUUGCAUGUGAAAAUAAUGAUGACUGUGACAUGGACAACUCCUGCUUGAAUAAACUGUGCUAUGAUGCAUGUACCUUAGGGAUAUGUGGAGAAGAUGCUCAUUGCAGAACUAUUGAUCAUCGACCUAUUUGUCUUUGUCCAUAUGGAACAUCUGGUGAUCCUCAAGUAGGAUGCAAAGCAAUUUCCACCGAUAGACCUACUACAGUUAUUCCAAUAACAGAAUUACCAGUUGUCAGUGACAUACCAAUCCAUGCAGUGCCAGGUCCAUCGUCUACCCCACCAUCCCCUAUUGCUGAACUACCAACUACACGACCACCUGAAACUCCAAUUCCUCGACCUCCAGCAAUUCCAACACCUCCACCCAAUCCAGUAGGCUGUGAAAGCACUGAUGAUUGUCCAUAUGAUAACAGUUGCAUUAACCGUCUUUGUCUGGAUGUAUGUCAUCCUGGUCUGUGUGGUGACAAUGCUGAUUGCCAGACCAUUGGCCAUAGACCUCUAUGCUUGUGCCCGCCUGGCACUACAGGCAACCCUACAGAAAGCUGCAAGGCAGUUGCUACCGACAGACCUACAACUCUGUCUCCUAUAACAGGCGCGCCAGGAGUAACUCCAGAUGAUCAGAUUGUACCAGGAAUUGGACCAUCAACACCAAUACCACCACCUCUAACUGAAACACCAACAACAAGACCUCCAUUGCCAACAACUCCCAGACCUCCUCAACCUCCAGUUGUUCCACCUUUCGUAAUUGCUUGUACAAACAAUGAUGACUGCACAAUGGAUAACUCAUGCAUCAACAACCUUUGCUAUGAUGUAUGUAGUCUUGGAGUAUGUGGAGAUGAUGCAGACUGUAAGAUUCAUAAUCACCGUCCAGUCUGUAGUUGUCCUCCAGGAACCACAGGAGAUCCUUCCUAUGGAUGUCAGGCAAUGCUUACAGAAAGGCCAUUGGUACCACCUUCACCCAUUCCAGAAAUAAGUUCAACACAGCCAGGUGAUCCAAUUAGACCCAUAGCUGAACCAACAAGUCCUGGACUGCCUCCUUUGGCUGAACUUCCUACGCCAAGACCAACACUGCCUCCAGUGACUGCACCUCCUCCACCACCCACACCUGGUCCCAUACCUGUAGGUUGUGAAACUUCUGAUGACUGUCCAUCUGAUAAUUCAUGUGUUAACAGAUUCUGCUUUGAUGUUUGUUAUCCAGGCCUAUGUGGAGAAAGUGCAGAUUGCCAGACUCAAGGAAAUCGUCCAGUAUGCAAGUGUCCACCAGGAACCACAGGAAACCCAACUAUCAAGUGUUCUGCAAUGGCCUUCGAAAUGCCACCAAAACCGCAUCCACCACAAGUAGGAGAAAAGCCUUUACAACCAGACUCUCCAAUCAGUCCCAUUGCAGGUCCUACAACCACAGGACUCCCACCUCUGGCAGAAGAAUCACCUCGUCCUCCACCUGAACCUCUACCUCCACGACCUCCACCAGUUCCCAUUGUUCCAGCAAUACCCAUUGCAUGUGAAAAUAAUGAUGACUGUGACAUGGACAACUCCUGCCUAAACAAACUGUGUUAUGAUGCUUGCAGCCUUGGAAUUUGUGGAGAUGAUGCUGAAUGUACAACUGUCAAUCACAGACCAGUCUGCCUUUGUCCUCAUGGAACAUCUGGUGAUCCUCAAGUAGGAUGCAAAGCAAUUUCCACCGAUAGACCUACUACAGUUAUUCCAAUAACAGAAUUACCAGUUGUCAGUGACAUACCAAUCCAUGCAGUGCCAGGUUCAUCGUCUACCCCACCAUCCCCUAUUGCUGAACUACCAACUACACGACCACCUGAAACUCCAAUUCCUCGACCUCCAGCAAUUCCAACACCUCCACCCAAUCCAGUAGGCUGUGAAAGCACUGAUGAUUGUCCAUAUGAUAACAGUUGCAUUAACCGUCUUUGUCUGGAUGUAUGUCAUCCUGGUCUGUGUGGUGACAGUGCUGAUUGCCAGACCAUUGGCCAUAGACCUCUAUGCUUGUGCCCGCCUGGCACUACAGGCAACCCUACAGAAAGCUGUAAGGCAGUUGCUACUGACAGACCUACAACUCUGUCUCCUAUAACAGGCGCGCCAGGAGUAACUCCAGAUGAUCAGAUUGUACCAGGAAUUGGACCGUCAACACCAGUACCACCACCUCUAACUGAAACACCAACACCAAGACCUCCAUUGCCAACAACUCCCAGACCUCCUCAACCUCCAGUUGUUCCACCUUUCGUAAUUGCUUGUACAAACAAUGAUGACUGCACAAUGGAUAACUCAUGCAUCAACAACCUUUGCUAUGAUGUAUGUAGUCUUGGAGUAUGUGGAGAUGAUGCAGACUGUAAGAUUCAUAAUCACCGUCCAGUCUGUAGUUGUCCUCCAGGAACCACAGGAGAUCCUUCCUAUGGAUGUCAGGCAAUGCUUACAGAAAGGCCAUUGGUACCACCUUCACCCAUUCCAGAAAUAAGUUCAACACAGCCAGGUGAUCCAAUUAGACCCAUAGCUGAACCAACAAGUCCUGGACUGCCUCCUUUGGCUGAACUUCCUACGCCAAGACCAACACUGCCUCCAGUGACUGCACCUCCUCCACCACCCACACCUGGUCCCAUACCUGUAGGUUGUGAAACUUCUGAUGACUGUCCAUCUGAUAAUUCAUGUGUUAACAGACUCUGCUUUGAUGUUUGUUAUCCAGGCCUAUGUGGAGAAAGUGCAGAUUGCCAGACUCAAGGAAAUCGACCUUUGUGUACAUGUCCACCAGGAACCACUGGAAACCCAACUAUCAAGUGUUCUGCAAUGGCCUUCGAAAUGCCACCAAAACCGCAUCCACCACAAGUAGGAGAAAAGCCUUUACAACCAGACUCUCCAAUCAGUCCCAUUGCAGGUCCUACAACCACAGGACUCCCACCUCUGGCAGAAGAAUCACCUCGUCCUCCACCUGAACCUCUACCUCCACGGCCUCCACCAGCUCCCAUUGUUCCAGCAAUACCCAUUGCAUGUGAAAAUAAUGAUGACUGUGACAUGGACAACUCCUGCCUAAACAAACUGUGUUAUGAUGCUUGCAGCCUUGGAAUUUGUGGAGAUGAUGCUGAAUGUACAACUGUCAAUCACAGACCAGUCUGCCUUUGUCCUCAUGGAACAUCUGGUGAUCCUCAAGUAGGAUGCAAAGCAAUUUCCACCGAUAGACCUACUACAGUUAUUCCAAUAACAGAAUUACCAGUUGUCAGUGACAUACCAAUCCAUGCAGUGCCAGGUUCAUCGUCUACCCCACCAUCCCCUAUUGCUGAACUACCAACUACACGACCACCUGAAACUCCAAUUCCUCGACCUCCAGCAAUUCCAACACCUCCACCUAAUCCAGUAGGCUGUGAAAGCACUGAUGAUUGUCCAUAUGAUAACAGUUGCAUUAACCGUCUUUGUCUGGAUGUAUGUCAUCCUGGUCUGUGUGGUGACAGUGCUGAUUGCCAGACCAUUGGCCAUAGACCUCUAUGCUUGUGCCCGCCUGGCACUACAGGCAACCCUACAGAAAGCUGCAAGGCAGUUGCUACUGACAGACCUACAACUCUGUCUCCUAUAACAGGCGCGCCAGGAGUAACUCCAGAUGAUCAGAUUGUACCAGGAAUUGGACCGUCAACACCAAUACCACCACCUCUAACUGAAACACCAACACCAAGACCUCCAUUGCCAACAACUCCCAGACCUCCUCAACCUCCAGUUGUUCCACCUUUCGUAAUUGCUUGUACAAACAAUGAUGACUGCACAAUGGAUAACUCAUGCAUCAACAACCUUUGCUAUGAUGUAUGCAGUCUUGGAGUAUGUGGAGAUGAUGCAGACUGUAAGGUUCAUAAUCAUCGUCCAGUUUGCAGUUGUCCUCCAGGAACCACAGGAGAUCCUUCCUAUGGAUGUCAGGCAAUGCUCACAGAAAGGCCAUUGGUACCACCUUCACCCAUUCCAGAAAUAAGUUCAACACAGCCAGGUGAUCCAAUUAGACCCAUAGCUGAACCAACAAGUCCUGGACUGCCUCCUUUGGCUGAACUUCCUACGCCAAGACCAACACUGCCUCCAGUGACUGCACCUCCUCCACCACCCACACCUGGUCCCAUACCUGUAGGUUGUGAAACUUCUGAUGACUGUCCAUCUGAUAAUUCAUGUGUUAACAGACUCUGCUUUGAUGUUUGUUAUCCAGGCCUAUGUGGAGAAAGUGCAGAUUGCCAGACUCAAGGAAACCGUCCAGUAUGUAAAUGUCCACCAGGAACCACUGGAAACCCAACCAUCAAAUGUUCAGCAGUAGCUUUCGAAAUGCCACCAAAACCAUAUCCACCAGAAGCAGGAAAAGAGCCAAAACCAGACUCUCCGAUUAUUCCCAUUGCAGGUUCUACAACCACAGGACCUCCCCCUCUGGCAGAAGAAUCACCCCGUCCUACACCUGAACCUCUACCUCCACGACCUCCACCACUACCGAUUGUCCCUGCUGUGCCUAUUGCUUGUGAAAAUAAUGAUGACUGUGAUGUGGAUAAUUCUUGUUUGAAUAGGCUUUGCUAUGAUGCUUGCAGUCCUACUCCAGACCACAGGAGAUCCUUCCUAUGGAUGUCAGGCAAUGCUCACAGAAAGGCCAUUGGUACCACCUCACCCAUUCCAGAAAUAAGUUCAACACAGCCAGGUGAUCCAAUUAGACCCAUAGCUGAACCAACAAGUCCUGGACUGCCUCCUUUGGCUGAACUUCCUACGCCAAGACCAACACUGCCUCCAGUGACUGCACCUCCUCCACCACCCACACCUGGUCCCAUACCUCCUUUCGAAAUGCCACCAAAACCGCAUCCACCACAAGUAGGAGAAAAGCCUUUACAACCAGACUCUCCAAUCAGUCCCAUUGCAGGUCCUACAACCACAGGACUCCCACCUCUGGCAGAAGAAUCACCUCGUCCUCCACCUGAACCUCUACCUCCACGACCUCCACCAGUUCCCAUUGUUCCAGCAAUACCCAUUGCAUGUGAAAAUAAUGAUGACUGUGACAUGGACAACUCCUGCCUAAACAAACUGUGUUAUGAUGCUUGCAGCCUUGGAAUUUGUGGAGAUGAUGCUGAAUGUACAACUGUCAAUCACAGACCAGUCUGCCUUUGUCCUCAUGGAACAUCUGGUGAUCCUCAAGUAGGAUGCAAAGCAAUUUCCACCGAUAGACCUACUACAGUUAUUCCAAUAACAGAAUUACCAGUUGUCAGUGACAUACCAAUCCAUGCAGUGCCAGGUUCAUCGUCUACCCCACCAUCCCCUAUUGCUGAACUACCAACUACACGACCACCUGAAACUCCAAUUCCUCGACCUCCAGCAAUUCCAACACCUCCACCCAAUCCAGUAGGCUGUGAAAGCACUGAUGAUUGUCCAUAUGAUAACAGUUGCAUUAACCGUCUUUGUCUGGAUGUAUGUCAUCCUGGUCUGUGUGGUGACAGUGCUGAUUGCCAGACCAUUGGCCAUAGACCUCUAUGCUUGUGCCCGCCUGGCACUACAGGCAACCCUACAGAAAGCUGUAAGGCAGUUGCUACUGACAGACCUACAACUCUGUCUCCUAUAACAGGCGCGCCAGGAGUAACUCCAGAUGAUCAGAUUGUACCAGGAAUUGGACCGUCAACACCAGUACCACCACCUCUAACUGAAACACCAACACCAAGACCUCCAUUGCCAACAACUCCCAGACCUCCUCAACCUCCAGUUGUUCCACCUUUCGUAAUUGCUUGUACAAACAAUGAUGACUGCACAAUGGAUAACUCAUGCAUCAACAACCUUUGCUAUGAUGUAUGUAGUCUUGGAGUAUGUGGAGAUGAUGCAGACUGUAAGAUUCAUAAUCACCGUCCAGUCUGUAGUUGUCCUCCAGGAACCACAGGAGAUCCUUCCUAUGGAUGUCAGGCAAUGCUUACAGAAAGGCCAUUGGUACCACCUUCACCCAUUCCAGAAAUAAGUUCAACACAGCCAGGUGAUCCAAUUAGACCCAUAGCUGAACCAACAAGUCCUGGACUGCCUCCUUUGGCUGAACUUCCUACGCCAAGACCAACACUGCCUCCAGUGACUGCACCUCCUCCACCACCCACACCUGGUCCCAUACCUGUAGGUUGUGAAACUUCUGAUGACUGUCCAUCUGAUAAUUCAUGUGUUAACAGACUCUGCUUUGAUGUUUGUUAUCCAGGCCUAUGUGGAGAAAGUGCAGAUUGCCAGACUCAAGGAAAUCGACCUUUGUGUACAUGUCCACCAGGAACCACUGGAAACCCAACUAUCAAGUGUUCUGCAAUGGCCUUCGAAAUGCCACCAAAACCGCAUCCACCACAAGUAGGAGAAAAGCCUUUACAACCAGACUCUCCAAUCAGUCCCAUUGCAGGUCCUACAACCACAGGACUCCCACCUCUGGCAGAAGAAUCACCUCGUCCUCCACCUGAACCUCUACCUCCACGGCCUCCACCAGCUCCCAUUGUUCCAGCAAUACCCAUUGCAUGUGAAAAUAAUGAUGACUGUGACAUGGACAACUCCUGCCUAAACAAACUGUGUUAUGAUGCUUGCAGCCUUGGAAUUUGUGGAGAUGAUGCUGAAUGUACAACUGUCAAUCACAGACCAGUCUGCCUUUGUCCUCAUGGAACAUCUGGUGAUCCUCAAGUAGGAUGCAAAGCAAUUUCCACCGAUAGACCUACUACAGUUAUUCCAAUAACAGAAUUACCAGUUGUCAGUGACAUACCAAUCCAUGCAGUGCCAGGUUCAUCGUCUACCCCACCAUCCCCUAUUGCUGAACUACCAACUACACGACCACCUGAAACUCCAAUUCCUCGACCUCCAGCAAUUCCAACACCUCCACCUAAUCCAGUAGGCUGUGAAAGCACUGAUGAUUGUCCAUAUGAUAACAGUUGCAUUAACCGUCUUUGUCUGGAUGUAUGUCAUCCUGGUCUGUGUGGUGACAGUGCUGAUUGCCAGACCAUUGGCCAUAGACCUCUAUGCUUGUGCCCGCCUGGCACUACAGGCAACCCUACAGAAAGCUGCAAGGCAGUUGCUACUGACAGACCUACAACUCUGUCUCCUAUAACAGGCGCGCCAGGAGUAACUCCAGAUGAUCAGAUUGUACCAGGAAUUGGACCGUCAACACCAAUACCACCACCUCUAACUGAAACACCAACACCAAGACCUCCAUUGCCAACAACUCCCAGACCUCCUCAACCUCCAGUUGUUCCACCUUUCGUAAUUGCUUGUACAAACAAUGAUGACUGCACAAUGGAUAACUCAUGCAUCAACAACCUUUGCUAUGAUGUAUGCAGUCUUGGAGUAUGUGGAGAUGAUGCAGACUGUAAGGUUCAUAAUCAUCGUCCAGUUUGCAGUUGUCCUCCAGGAACCACAGGAGAUCCUUCCUAUGGAUGUCAGGCAAUGCUCACAGAAAGGCCAUUGGUACCACCUUCACCCAUUCCAGAAAUAAGUUCAACACAGCCAGGUGAUCCAAUUAGACCCAUAGCUGAACCAACAAGUCCUGGACUGCCUCCUUUGGCUGAACUUCCUACGCCAAGACCAACACUGCCUCCAGUGACUGCACCUCCUCCACCACCCACACCUGGUCCCAUACCUGUAGGUUGUGAAACUUCUGAUGACUGUCCAUCUGAUAAUUCAUGUGUUAACAGACUCUGCUUUGAUGUUUGUUAUCCAGGCCUAUGUGGAGAAAGUGCAGAUUGCCAGACUCAAGGAAACCGUCCAGUAUGUAAAUGUCCACCAGGAACCACUGGAAACCCAACCAUCAAAUGUUCAGCAGUAGCUUUCGAAAUGCCACCAAAACCAUAUCCACCAGAAGCAGGAAAAGAGCCAAAACCAGACUCUCCGAUUAUUCCCAUUGCAGGUUCUACAACCACAGGACCUCCCCCUCUGGCAGAAGAAUCACCCCGUCCUACACCUGAACCUCUACCUCCACGACCUCCACCACUACCGAUUGUCCCUGCUGUGCCUAUUGCUUGUGAAAAUAAUGAUGACUGUGAUGUGGAUAAUUCUUGUUUGAAUAGGCUUUGCUAUGAUGCUUGCAGUCUAGGAAUAUGUGGCGAAGAUGCAGACUGUAAGGUUCAUAAUCAUCGUCCAGUUUGCAGUUGUCCUCCAGGAACCACAGGAGAUCCUUCCUAUGGAUGUCAGGCAAUGCUCACAGAAAGGCCAUUGGUACCACCUUCACCCAUUCCAGAAAUAAGUUCAACACAGCCAGGUGAUCCAAUUAGACCCAUAGCUGAACCAACAAGUCCUGGACUGCCUCCUUUGGCUGAACUUCCUACGCCAAGACCAACACUGCCUCCAGUGACUGCACCUCCUCCACCACCCACACCUGGUCCCAUACCUGUAGGUUGUGAAACUUCUGAUGACUGUCCAUCUGAUAAUUCAUGUGUUAACAGACUCUGCUUUGAUGUUUGUUAUCCAGGCCUAUGUGGAGAAAGUGCAGAUUGCCAGACUCAAGGAAACCGUCCAGUAUGUAAAUGUCCACCAGGAACCACUGGAAACCCAACCAUCAAAUGUUCAGCAGUAGCUUUCGAAAUGCCACCAAAACCAUAUCCACCAGAAGCAGGAAAAGAGCCAAAACCAGACUCUCCGAUUAUUCCCAUUGCAGGUUCUACAACCACAGGACCUCCCCCUCUGGCAGAAGAAUCACCCCGUCCUACACCUGAACCUCUACCUCCACGACCUCCACCACUACCGAUUGUCCCUGCUGUGCCUAUUGCUUGUGAAAAUAAUGAUGACUGUGAUGUGGAUAAUUCUUGUUUGAAUAGGCUUUGCUAUGAUGCUUGCAGUCUAGGAAUAUGUGGCGAAGAUGCAGACUGUAAGACAAGUAAUCACAGACCUGUUUGUAUAUGUCCUCCUGGAACAACUGGUGAUCCACAGAUCCAGUGUCAGGCUCUUUCCAUUCACAAGCCUACACCCCCUAUACCAAUAACAGAAAGUGUUUCGCCUCCUGUGGAACAACCAAUCAGACCUGUGGCAGGUCCAUCUUCUGUUACUCCUCCUCCUCUUAUCUCUGAACGGCCGCCAAGACCUUCUGAGCCUCCAUUAAUUCAGCCUCCACCAGUUCCUACUCCUCCACCAAUUCCAGUUGGGUGUCAGAGUAAUGAUGAAUGUCCAUAUGACAAUACUUGUGUAAACAGAUUGUGCUUUAAUGUAUGUUUCCCUGGACUUUGUGGUGAUAAUGCUGACUGUCAAACACAUGGGCAUAGGCCAGCAUGUAUAUGUCCUCCUGGUACAACUGGUAACCCAACUAUCCAGUGCACUGCAAUUGCAGCUGAAAGUCCAGACACCCUUCCACCUCCUAUAGCAGCAAGCACGUCCCCAAGACCUGAUGAGCCAAUUGUACCUCGAGUAGGACAGUCAUCUCCAAUGCCUCCUCCUCUUGUAGAGGAACCAACAACGCCACAACAGGAAAUCCUACAAUUGGCUGUCACGCACUCUUUGUCAGAGCAGACAACCAUACAGACACCUAUCAAGGAAACUGUUUCUCUCCAACCACCUGACAGCCCAAUCCCAUCCUCUGACUGUCAAACACAUGGGCAUAGGCCAGCAUGUAUAUGUCCUCCUGGUACAACUGGUAACCCAACUAUCCAGUGCACUGCAAUUGCAGCUGAAAGUCCAGACACCCUUCCACCUCCUAUAGCAGCAAGCACGUCCCCAAGACCUGAUGAGCCAAUUGUACCUGGAGUAGGACAGUCAUCUCCAAUGCCUCCUCCUCUUGUAGAGGAACCAACAACACGACCUCCUGAGCCAACAACACCUCGUCCUCCAGCAACACCCAUACUUCCUCCAGUUGUUAUAGCUUGUACCAACAAUGAUGAAUGCCCAAUGGAUAACUCAUGUUUGAAUCAUAUCUGCUAUGAUGCUUGUGCCAUUGGUAUCUGUGGGGAAGAUGCUGAUUGCAAGAUCCAUAAGCAUCGGCCUGUGUGUAAUUGUCCCCCAGGCACAACAGGAAAUCCUACAAUUGGCUGUCACGCACUCUUGUCAGAGCAGACAACCAUACAGACACCUAUCAAGGAAACUGUUUCUCCACCACCUGACAGCCCAAUCCAUCCUGUAUCUCCUCCACCAUCUACAACUCACGCACCUAUAGGGGAGGAACCUCCAAGAAGACCAACAGAACCAACAACUAGCCGUCCUCCACUUCCACCUACACCUCCACCAGUACCAGUAGGAUGUGAGAGCAUUGAUGAGUGUCCAUAUGAUAAUUCUUGUGUCAACAAACUUUGUUUGGAUAUAUGUCACCCUGGUCUUUGUGGUGAAAAUGCAGACUGCCAAACGAAGGGUCACCGGCCAGUUUGUGCAUGUCCACCAGGAACAACAGGAAAUCCUACACUUAAGUGUUCUGCAAUAGCAGCAUUAGAUCCUGUUGAACCGCCAUCACCUGUUGGUGAAGUGCAGACACCACCUCCAGAUUCUCCCAUUAUACCAGUUUCUCCUCCUCCUUCCACAACUCUUCCACCAGAAACUGAAGUAACACCAAGUCAUCCAGUGGAACCAUUACCUACACCUCCUCCCACACCAAUAGUGCCACCUAUACAGAUUGCCUGUGAGAAUAAUGAUGAUUGUGAUAUAGACAACUCCUGCAUUAAUUUGUUGUGUUAUGAUGUCUGUAGCCUUGGCAUAUGUGGAGACAGUGCAGACUGCAAGACUCUGAAUCAUAGGCCUGUGUGCGUGUGUCCACCUGGAACUACAGGAGAUCCACAGACUCGUUGCACUGCCGUGCUCACAGAGAUACCAUCUACAAUAGCACCUCCUGUUACCGAAACGGUUGAACCACCCCAACAGCCUGUGAGGCCUGUUGCAAUUACAUCAACAACGCCUCUACCUCUAUCAGAGACGCAGCCCCCCAUUGCAAAGGAUCCACUACCGCUUCCCCCUGCACUACCAUCAACUGAAGCCCCCCUACCUGUUGGAUGUGCUGCAAGUGGUGAAUGUGCCUUUGAUGAGAAAUGUGUGAACCUUCUCUGUGUCAAAGUGUGCAGCCUUAUGCCAUGUGAUACAAAUUCAGAAUGUUUUGUACAGCUGCACGAGGCUGUCUGUACACCUAUUGCCCCUAUCACUGCACGGCCACAGUGUAUCAUUGAUCCUGACUGCUUCACAACACAGGUCUGUAUUAGCAAUGUGUGUCGUGAUGUUUGUCUCACAAGCAACCCAUGUGCCCCGAUGGCAGUGUGCACUGCAGAAAACCAUCGUCCCCGCUGCAACUGCCCGCCAGGCUAUGUUGGAAACCCCUUCAUCUCCUGUCGCAGACCUGAGCAACCCACACCACCACCAGCCAUACCACUCACAACCUCUCGUCCAGAUUGUAUUGUCGAUGGAGAUUGUGCCUAUCAUCAGGCAUGUCUUAAUCAAGAAUGUAAAAAUCCAUGCCUGUAUCGAGAUGUCUGUGGCUUUAAUGCAGAGUGCCUUGUCACAGUGCACACACCAAUGUGCAUCUGCAGCCCUGGAUACACUGGCAACCCUUAUGUCCAGUGUUCGCCCCCCACCACCCCUGCCCCAACCCCUGCUCCACCUAUCAUCGAGCUUCAGUGUACUGUGAAUGAAGAUUGCCUAGAUCACCAAGCAUGCUUCAGCGGGAACUGCCAGAACCCUUGUCUGGUAGCUAACCCGUGUGCCCCUACGGCUCUCUGUGAUGUCACAAGGCACCGCCCAGUGUGUUCUUGUCCUUCGGGAUUAACGGGAGACCCCUACCUCCAGUGCACCAUGAUUGAGCUCACAACCCCAAGCCCUGAGUGCAGGGUGGAUGAGGAAUGUAGUGAUGCUCUCGCCUGCGUGGCACAGCAGUGCAAGAACCCCUGUGCCAUCUACGAUAACUGUGCCCCCAAUGCUGAAUGUCACGUGACCCGGCAUCGCCCUGUGUGCUCUUGCCCAGACGGCUUUGUCGGGAAUCCUAACAUUCAGUGUCUUGUCGCCGGGUGCCGUGCCAACUCGGACUGCCCAGUGCAACAGGCAUGCAUCAACCAGGAGUGUGAGGACCCUUGUACCUUCGAAGACUGCGGCAUCAACGCUGAGUGCCGUGUCGUCAACCAUCGCGCUCAGUGCUAUUGUCCGGACAGUUUCCUGGGCGACCCUUACGUGCGGUGUGAGCGCCCUGACUGCGUGGUCGACGAGGAGUGCCCAUCAUGGCUCGCCUGCAUCGACCAGGAGUGCGAAGAUCCGUGCAACUGUGGCCCCAACGCUGACUGCCGCGUUGUCAACCAUCGUCCUCAGUGCUUGUGUCGACCAGGCUAUGAGGGCGACGGCUUCGUUGAGUGCACGCUGAGACCCGUGGGUGAACCGUCCUUCAAGGAGUGCCAGACCGACGGUGACUGCCCGAGCAAGAUGGCAUGCUUCGACGGCCGCUGCGAUGACCCCUGCCUCGUCGUCAAGCCAUGCGGGGUCAAUGCCAAGUGCGAGGUCAUCGACACCCUGCCAUACAGGACCAUGACGUGCGAGUGCCUCCCGGGCUUCGUCGGAAAUGCCUACGUCGAGUGCUCACUACGCCCGACAGAACCGCCAGGCUGUGCUGCCGACGACGAGUGUGGCCCGACGGAGGUGUGCCGCAACCGACAGUGCCUCGACCCCUGUGCCAUCCUCAACCCGUGCGCGCCCAAUGCUGAGUGCCAGGUUGGUCUGAACCGCCGCCCUCAGUGUUCGUGCCCGCCCGGAUACACAGGCAACCCGAACGUCAACUGUUUCCUGAGUGAGUACCCGAUACCUUUUAAUCACAUCAGUCGUAGCGAACAUAUUAUAACUACACACCACAUGGUUAUUCUCACGAUAACAAGCGAUCGCUUUACCACGCUAGGCCCGACAGAACCGCCAGGCUGUGCUGCCGACGACGAGUGUGGCCCGACGGAGGUGUGCCGCAACCGACAGUGCCUCGACCCCUGUGCCAUCCUCAACCCGUGCGCGCCCAAUGCUGAGUGCCAGGUCUUGAACCGCCGCCCUCAGUGUUCGUGCCCGCCCGGAUACACAGGCAACCCGAACGUCAACUGUUUCCUGAUUCGGCCCGUGGAGCCCGCCUGCCGCUCCGACAGCGACUGCCCGACGGACGAGGCGUGCAUCAACCUGAUCUGCGUGGACCCGUGCCUGAUGGAGGACCCGUGCGGUCGCAACGCCCUCUGCAAGACCCAGCAGCACCGUCCAACCUGCUCGUGCCCCGAAGGAUGGGCGGGCAAUCCCCAGAUAGAGUGCUUCAAGCCCGAUUGCCUGGUGGACGAGGACUGUCCCACGGACAAGGCGUGUGUCAGCCAGAACUGUGUAGAUCCGUGCUCGUACAGCGGCCCCGCCUGCGGACUCAACGCUGAGUGCAGAGCCGUGCUGCAUCGUGCCCAAUGCUAUUGCCCGCCGGGUAUGCAAGGCAACCCCAGCGUGGCUUGCGUGGCGGUGGGAUGCACCUCCAGCGAAGACUGCGCUGACGACAAGGCUUGUGACCGCCUCAACCGAGUCUGCAUCCCCGUGUGCGAGGCCUCCACGUGCGCCGUGCAGGCCGAGUGCAACGCCGCCAACCACGCAGCCAUGUGCGUGUGCCCACCGCCUCUCAGGGGCAACCCAUACCUCCAGUGCUUCCAAGUGCAAGAGCCGCCCGUCACAGAGCCCCCAGUGGAGCCCGAGUGCCGCAAGGACCCCGACUGCCCCUCGCAGCACGCCUGCAUCAACGCCAUUUGCCAGAACCCCUGCUCGCUCGGAAACCCCUGCCUGCCGUCCCAGGAGUGCCGCGUGGUCGACGGAGUGCCACUCAGAACCAUGGUUUGCGAGUGUCCACCCAACCAGAUCUUGGUCAAGGAUGGCGUCUGCAUCAGACCAGGUGUGGUCGAACCGCAGUGCCGCGAAGACGAAGACUGUGCCGACCACGAGGACUGUCGGAAAGGCACCUGCGUGAACGUGUGCCGCCCCGACCCGUGUGGCCUGAACGCCAUCUGCAUGGGAGAGAACCACGAAUCGCGCUGCCAGUGUGCCCCGGGCUACAUCGGCGACCCCUUCGUUCAGUGCAGGAGGAAACCCGCCGUGUCCGAACUCCCCGACCCCGAGUGCACGACCAACGACCAGUGCGGCGACUCAGAGUCGUGCGUCAACCAGUACUGCGUGAACCCGUGCAUCCGGGACGCCCCUUGCGCCUCGAACGCCUUCUGCUACGUGCGCGAACACCGCCCCGUCUGCAGGUGUCCGGAGGGCUUCGUCGGCGAUCCUGAGAUUGAGUGUCGACCUUCGACAGUGCCAAUUCCGGGCGGGGCCUCAAACUGGACCACAGGUGGCACUGGCAAGGCGUGCCGCACCCACCGGGACUGCGGGCCCGACCAGUGGUGCGAGGGCGGUCAGUGUCACCGCCCAUGCCCCUCCGCCUGCCCUCCCACUGCCCUGUGCCGCGUGCAUGACCAGCGCCCCGUGUGCUCCUGCCCCCCCGGCGCCACCGGCAACCCCCAGGACCAGUGCCACCCAUUCGGUUGUGUGACAGACGAUGACUGCCCUUUCACUGAAAAAUGCUUCCGUGGUCAGUGCCGCAACCCAUGCAACGCUGGCCGCCCAUGCGCACCCACGGCCACUUGCACACCAUCCAACCACAACGCACUGUGCACAUGUCCACCUGGUUACACGGGAAGUCCAACUGACUCCUGUGAACCAGUGGGUUGUACCUCCUCUAACGAAUGUCCGAGCGACCAGGCCUGCUAUAGGGGAUCCUGUGUGAACCCCUGUGUCCUGGACUCCCCCUGUGGCCCUGGCACCUCCUGCCUUACCACUGGCCACACUGCCACGUGCGCCUGUCGCCCUGGGCUCUUCGGAGACCCGCAUAUUUCAUGCACUGUCCCAGGAACCGCGGCGCCACAGUGCAAGACAGACUUUGACUGCGUAGGAACUAAGGGUUGUAUUGAUGGAACAUGCAAAGACCUGUGUACAUAUCUGCGACCUUGUGGCGAAAACGCUCUCUGCCGCACUAUAGACAUGACCAAAUUGCGAACAGUUGCUUGCGAGUGCCCACCGGGUCAUACUGGAAGUGCAUAUGAGAAGUGCCAAAAAGUAGAUGAAGAACAGCCCAAGUGCCAACUAGAUGCUGAGUGUCCCUUGUUCGAAGGCUGCAUUAAUGCACAGUGCAAGGAUCCGUGCGAAGAGAACCCGUGUGCCCUGAAUGCAGAGUGCCGGGCAGUCAACCACCGUGCCAUCUGCUAUUGUCCUCCUGGCUACACCGGGGACGGACACACAACCUGCUCUCGCCUAGAGUGCAGCCGAGACACCGACUGCCUCGAGGAUAGCGUUUGCUUCAACAACAGGUGUACCUUGACCUGCACUCUCUCAAGGCCGUGUGGCACAAAUGCGAAGUGCCAGGCCGCCUUACACAGAUCAGAGUGCCAGUGCCUCCCAGGCUACAAAGGAGACCCAUACACAGUGUGCUCAAGCGUUCAGUGCACCUCAGAUGACUCCUGCCCUUCCACACACGCUUGCUAUGGCAAGAACUGCGUGGACCCUUGUCAGCAAGACCGGUCGUGCCAUCCGUCACAGGAAUGUAAGGUCGUUAAUCACAAGCCCGUCUGCAGCUGCCCCGCUGGCUUCACCCAACAGGCAGACAAGUGUAUUCAUGAAGAUCUUGGAUGUUCUGUUGAUAAUGACUGCAAUCCCGGUGAGGGUUGUUUGGACGGGAAAUGUACGGACCUUUGCCGAGAUAAUCCCUGCGGGCUAAAGGCAACCUGUACUGUACAAAACGGCCGCCCUCUGGCCAGUGUCUUGUGCCAGUGCGGGCCGGGCCUGACUGGAGACCCCUUCAGAGAAUGCGUCACCGUGCCAGCCCCAAGUCCAGGCUGCACCACAGAGUACGACUGUCCAUGGGCCGAGACCUGUGAAGACGGCCGCUGUGUAGACCCUUGCCAGACCACUCGCUGUGCUCCAGGGGCCAUCUGCCGUGCCCUUGGACACCGUGGGGUCUGCUCCUGUGCUGCUGGCUCCCAGGGAGAUCCCAACGUCCUCUGCACGACAAACACUGCCACGUGCGCCUGUCGCCCUGGGCUCUUCGGAGACCCGCAUAUUUCAUGCACUGUCCCAGGAACCGCGGCGCCACAGUGCAAGACAGACUUUGACUGCGUAGGAACUAAGGGUUGUAUUGAUGGAACAUGCAAAGACCUGUGUACAUAUCUGCGACCUUGUGGCGAAAACGCUCUCUGCCGCACUAUAGACAUGACCAAAUUGCGAACAGUUGCUUGCGAGUGCCCACCGGGUCAUACUGGAAGUGCAUAUGAGAAGUGCCAAAAAGUAGAUGAAGAACAGCCCAAGUGCCAACUAGAUGCUGAGUGUCCCUUGUUCGAAGGCUGCAUUAAUGCACAGUGCAAGGAUCCGUGCGAAGAGAACCCGUGUGCCCUGAAUGCAGAGUGCCGGGCAGUCAACCACCGUGCCAUCUGCUAUUGUCCUCCUGGCUACACCGGGGACGGACACACAACCUGCUCUCGCCUAGAGUGCAGCCGAGACACCGACUGCCUCGAGGAUAGCGUUUGCUUCAACAACAGGUGUACCUUGACCUGCACUCUCUCAAGGCCGUGUGGCACAAAUGCGAAGUGCCAGGCCGCCUUACACAGAUCAGAGUGCCAGUGCCUCCCAGGCUACAAAGGAGACCCAUACACAGUGUGCUCAAGCGUUCAGUGCACCUCAGAUGACUCCUGCCCUUCCACACACGCUUGCUAUGGCAAGAACUGCGUGGACCCUUGUCAGCAAGACCGGUCGUGCCAUCCGUCACAGGAAUGUAAGGUCGUUAAUCACAAGCCCGUCUGCAGCUGCCCCGCUGGCUUCACCCAACAGGCAGACAAGUGUAUUCAUGAAGAUCUUGGAUGUUCUGUUGAUAAUGACUGCAAUCCCGGUGAGGGUUGUUUGGACGGGAAAUGUACGGACCUUUGCCGAGAUAAUCCCUGCGGGCUAAAGGCAACCUGUACUGUACAAAACGGCCGCCCUCUGGCCAGUGUCUUGUGCCAGUGCGGGCCGGGCCUGACUGGAGACCCCUUCAGAGAAUGCGUCACCGUGCCAGCCCCAAGUCCAGGCUGCACCACAGAGUACGACUGUCCAUGGGCCGAGACCUGUGAAGACGGCCGCUGUGUAGACCCUUGCCAGACCACUCGCUGUGCUCCAGGGGCCAUCUGCCGUGCCCUUGGACACCGUGGGGUCUGCUCCUGUGCUGCUGGCUCCCAGGGAGAUCCCAACGUCCUCUGCACGACAAUUGGCUGUACACAAAGGUCAGAUUGCCCGGUGGAAGAAGCAUGUGUCAAUGGACGAUGCGUGGACCCAUGCAAGGAGAGGAACCCCUGUGGCCCGAACGCCAAAUGCCAAACCACCAAGCAAGGCCCAGUAUGCACGUGUCCUGAAGGCUUCGAGGGCGAUGCCUAUAUCAGGUGCCAACCUUCAGGCUGCCAGAAGAACUCCCAGUGCCCCGUCAGCCAAGAGUGCCGCGAGGGAGAGUGCAUGGACCCGUGUGACCUCCAGCAGUGUGUAGCCAAUUCUGAAUGCGUUGUACAGAAUCACCGAGCAACAUGCAAGUGCCUCGAAGGGUACAGUGGGAACCCUGACCGAUUCUGUUCCCCACCGCCCACUGCAGGAUGUCGCAGUGACAAGGACUGCCCUUCUUUGCAAGGUUGCAUUGAUGAAAAGUGCCAAGACCUUUGCGAGGUGAUUCACCCUUGUGGCACCAGCGCCGUGUGCAAGGUCAUUGACAACAGACCUUUCAGAGCAAUGUCCUGCUCUUGCCCCGACGGCUACGAGGGCGAUCCCUACUAUGCUUGUACUGCAGUAACUGAGGAAGACUGCAGCUCUGAUCUCGAGUGUCCCUUGCGAUUCUCUUGCGAGGCAGGGAAAUGCCGAAAUCCCUGUCCCGCCGGAUGUGGCACCAAUGCCACGUGCUCCGUCCUCAACCAUCGUCCUGUGUGCCACUGUCAGCCAGGCUAUGCCGGUAUUCCAGAGGAAGGAUGUUAUAAGAUUGAUUGUGAAACUGACGAUAACUGCCAAGACUCAGAAAUCUGCAGACAGAACGUUUGCGUCGAUCCGUGUCGUAAGGACAACCCCUGCCCACCAAGUGCCAAAUGUAUCACUGCCAAUCACCGUGCUCAGUGCCAGUGCCCCCCAGGUACCUCAGGGAACCCACAGGUGUCUUGCCAGCUGGUGGAAUGCACGGCAGACCUGGACUGUAAGAGCUUCGAGGCUUGUGUCAACGGCGAGUGCAAGGACCCCUGCUCCUACUAUAACCCAUGUGCCGUCGGCGCCACGUGCAGAGUCGCCAACCACAAAUACGCUUGCACGUGCCCGUCAGGGCUUCAGGGCGACCCGAGGUUCAGCUGCGUGGCCCCGAAAGAUCCUCUGGGGUGUGUUGUGGACAAGGACUGCCCUUCUUUGCAAGGUGAUUCACCUUGUGGCACCAGCGCCGUGUGCAAGGUCAUUGACAACAGACCUUUCAGAGCAAUGUCCUGCUCUUGCCCCGACGGCUACGAGGGCGAUCCCUACUAUGCUUGUACUGCAGUAACUGAGGAAGACUGCAGCUCUGAUCUCGAGUGUCCCUUGCGAUUCUCUUGCGAGGCAGGGAAAUGCCGAAAUCCCUGUCCCGCCGGAUGUGGCACCAAUGCCACGUGCUCCGUCCUCAACCAUCGUCCUGUGUGCCACUGUCAGCCAGGCUAUGCCGGUAUUCCAGAGGAAGGAUGUUAUAAGAUUGAUUGUGAAACUGACGAUAACUGCCAAGACUCAGAAAUCUGCAGACAGAACGUUUGCGUCGAUCCGUGUCGUAAGGACAACCCCUGCCCACCAAGUGCCAAAUGUAUCACUGCCAAUCACCGUGCUCAGUGCCAGUGCCCCCCAGGUACCUCAGGGAACCCACAGGUGUCUUGCCAGCUGGUGGAAUGCACGGCAGACCUGGACUGUAAGAGCUUCGAGGCUUGUGUCAACGGCGAGUGCAAGGACCCCUGCUCCUACUAUAACCCAUGUGCCGUCGGCGCCACGUGCAGAGUCGCCAACCACAAAUACGCUUGCACGUGCCCGUCAGGGCUUCAGGGCGACCCGAGGUUCAGCUGCGUGGCCCCGAAAGAUCCUCUGGGGUGUGUUGUGGACAAGGACUGCCCCGACACGCACGGCUGCAUCCUCAGCUCGCUCGUGACACGCUAUCACAGUAAGAUUUCCGCUGUGUACGUCCGUUUCGACGAUAAGGAUUCCGGCGCGACCUGCAGGGACCUCUGCGAGGAACACAAGCCGUGCGGCCCCAACGCCGUCUGCUCGGUCAUUGACUCCAAGCCUCGGCGCUCCAUGAGCUGUGCCUGCCCGCCCGGCUUCCACGGCGACGCCAAGAUUGAAUGCCGAGAAAUUCCAUCUCAAGGAGGAUGUGUCCGAGAUACAGACUGUCUCUUCAGCGAGGCCUGCAUAGAAGGGCUUUGUCGAGACCCUUGCAACUGUGGUCUCAACGCCCAGUGCCACGUGUCGCAGCAUCGCCCAUAUUGCAGCUGUCCGUUCGGUCACGCUGGCGAUCCCAACGUUGCUUGCUACAGAACCGAAUGCAAUAGUGACGUUGACUGUCCAAGCGACAAGGCCUGCGAGGAUCACGAGUGCGUGGAUCCCUGCGCGCGCGAGGAGGCCCCGUGCGCCCCCUCCGCCCUGUGCCGAGUACUUGGACACAAACCGCAGUGCUCGUGCUCGCCGGGAGAACGAGGCGACGCCAAGAUCCAGUGUUUGGCGAUUGCCUGCGGAGGCGACUCGGAGUGUCCUCACAACCUAGCGUGCGAGGACGACCAGUGCAUAAACCCGUGCGAGAGAGACGCGUGUGGCGUGGGCGCCGUGUGCUCAGUGACGGCCCACAAGCGCGCGUGUCAGUGCUUGGAAGGAUACUCGGGCGACCCAGAGGUGGCGUGCCGCCCGCAAAGCUGGGCAUGCGUGGUGGAUCAUGACUGUGGUGUGGGAUUGGUGUGUGUGCGUGGAGGGUGUGCCGACCCUUGCAAGCAGGAAAGGCCGUGUGCAGCCAAUGCAAUGUGUACUGUGCAAGAAACAAGACCCAUCAAGUCCGUGACCUGCACGUGCCCGGCAGGGUUCACAGGCGACGCGGAAGUCCAGUGUCGCAAAAGUAUGAGAAAUGCAACUCACUCAACUCGAAUGUUGCCUGAAUAUUGCACUUGCAUCUCAGAUUCUUCUAGACCUAUCUCUUUAAAAUCAUCUAAUACCGAAAUUAAUAAUACCUUAUCAUUUAUUAUUAAGUUUAAUCACUUACCCUUUUCACAGGUAUUAACCCCCCCACCCGAGGCACCCUGCUCACGUGACAGCGAGUGCCCGGACGCCCUGGCCUGCCUGGAGGGCCAGUGCCUCGACCCGUGUGCGUGCGGGGAGGGCGCCCUCUGCCGAGUGACCAACCACCACCCAGUGUGUUCUUGCGCACCUGGGUACCGCGGAGACCCUUACACUGCGUGCUACGACCCGGGUUGCCGAACAGACUCGGAAUGCCCAGCGACAGACAAGUGCUAUAACGGAGAGUGCGUUAACCCGUGCUACGUCAGGAACCCGUGUGCAAUUAGUGCCGAGUGCUUUGCAACUCGCCACGAGGCACAGUGCCGCUGCCCAGCCGGCCUGGAGGGCGACCCGUAUGUAAAGUGCGAGAACCUGAAGUGCCGCGCCGACCACGAGUGCCCAGACGACAGAACUUGCAAGAAUGGAUAUUGCAUAGAGGCUUGCCUGUACACCAGCUGUGCCUCGGACGCCACCUGCAGGCCAGAGAACCACCGCGGCGUGUGCGUGUGUCCCCCGGGCUCCAAGGGCGACCCGACGUUCAGAUGCCAAACAGACGAGGGCCCGAUAGAGCCAGCCUGCAAGGCGGACGUAGAUUGCAUAAAGGGAAUGGCCUGCAUCAAUGAUCGGUGCCAGGACCUGUGUGCCACCCAGACCUGCGGGGAACAUGCACAGUGCCGCGUGGUGGAGUCUCUGCCCUUCAGGACCAUGGUGUGCGAGUGCUUGCCUGGCUACAAGGGCGACGCCCACACGCAAUGCAGGCGCAUUCCAGAGGAUGAGGAUGGUUGUGUGCGAGACAGCGACUGUGGAGAGGAAUUGGCAUGCAUUGAAGGGUCAUGCCGUGACCCCUGUGACUGCGGGGUCAAUGCCCUCUGUACUGUUGUCAACCACAGACCUAUCUGUACCUGUAGUCAGGGCUAUGAGGGUAACCCCCACACUGCUUGUGUUGCCACUGGCUGCACGAGCGACGCCGAGUGCUCCGACGACCGCAAGUGCUACCAAGGCAAUUGCGUGAACCCGUGUCUCGUUGACAACCCCUGCGCGCCCAGGGCCGAGUGCCAGCCCAUCGCCCACGAGGCAAAGUGCUUCUGCCCGUCCGGCACCCGCGGCGACCCCCUGACCCAGUGCGUGGUGAUCGGGUGCAGGGCCAACGGCGACUGCCCCGCUGACCGCAUGUGCUUGAACGGGCGCUGCCGCGACCCCUGCGUGCACAACAACACGUGCGCCCCCAACGCACAGUGCAGGGGUGUCAACCACGGCAUCGAGUGCCGCUGCCUGCCGGGCCAGGAGGGAAUACCGUCGCUUGCUUGCAGCGAGAAGCAGCGACGGGACUGCCGCUCGGAUUACGACUGCCAGUCAGGUUAUGCUUGCAUGGAGGGCGAGUGUAAGAAGCCUUGCGAAGAGCUGGCUCCAUGCAAGGACCUGACGGUGUGCACCCUGGUCGACACGAGGCCUCUCAGGACCAUGACCUGCACUUGCCCCGAACACAUGGUUGUGUCAGAUCAGGGCCAGUGUGUUGACUUGGACCUCCCAAUAGGCGUCGGUUGCCGUGCUGACAACGAAUGCCCAAGUGACAACGCCUGCCUCAACACCCAGUGCGUGACCCCCUGCGACUGCGGGGCCAACGCCGAAUGCCACGUCAAGAACCAUCGCCCCAUUUGCACCUGUCUGCCUGGAUUCCAGGGCAACCCUAACACCGGAUGCUUCAAGGUGGGAUGCAGUGUGAACGAGGAGUGUCCGCUGGAUAAUAUGUGCUCCAACGGCGUAUGCGUCAACCCAUGUCUGGUGAACGACCCGUGCGACAUCACCGCCGAGUGCUACCCUGAGCAGCACACUGCCAAGUGUCGCUGUCCAAGUGGGCUUGAAGGCGACCCAUACAUCCGCUGCGAAGUGCGGGGCUGCCGCAGCAACUCCGAAUGCCCCACUGAUAAGGCAUGCAUCAACCGACAGUGCGUGAACCCAUGCCUCUACAGCAACAACUGUGCCCCCAACGCAGAGUGCUACGUCUUCCAACACACCGCAGGCUGCCGCUGCCCGAAGGACAAGCCCUACGGCGACCCACGAUUCAUGUGUGAGGACAAAUCCAUCCAGGUGGAUGAGCCCAAGCCCGAGUGUCGUGUGGAUGCUGACUGCCCGAGCCAGCGCGCGUGCAUUGACGAGCACUGCAUCAACCCAUGCCAUGUCCUCAAUCCAUGCGAUGACACCGCCCUGUGCGAAGUCGUGGAUUCCGUGCCCGUUCGCACCAUGAUCUGCAUCUGUCCCGAAGGCUUCGUCAUGACAGAUGAAGGCACAUGCAAGCUUGUCGAGAAGGAAGUCAUCCCAGGCUGCCGCGCCGACUCAGAGUGUCCUGUCGAGGAAGCCUGCAUCAACCGCAUGUGCCGCAGCCCGUGCGACUGCGGCCGCAACGCGAUCUGCGAGAUCAUCAAUCACCGGCCCGUGUGCACCUGCCAAGUUGGCUUCCAGGGCAACCCCGACAUCGGUUGCUUCCCAGUCGGCUGCCAGCAAGACGCUGACUGUGAGGAUGACCAAGCCUGCUACGACGGCGUGUGCGCCAACCCAUGUUUGGUCGACGAUCCUUGUUCCAGAAAUGCCGAGUGCUACGCUGCACAGCACAGAGCACAGUGUCGCUGCCCGUCAGGCUUUCAGGGCGAUGGCUACACUGAGUGUCUGGUCAUCGGCUGCAGGGCUAACUCCAACUGCCCGCGCGACCGCGGCUGCAUCAACAGCCAAUGCGUCGACCCCUGUUUGUACGAAGAUCCCUGCUCUCCCUCUGCUGAAUGCGUCAACCACGAGCACGAAGCUCGCUGCCGCUGCCCGUCCGGCACCACAGGCAACCCCAAGAUCCAGUGCAGCCCCCUCGUGGAACCCGAGUGCCGCGUCGACGGCGACUGCGAGAGCCAGCUCGCCUGCAUCGACGAACGCUGUGUCAACCCGUGCGUGGUGCUGGACCCAUGCGACGACACCGCCAUCUGCCAAGUGGUCGACACGCUGCCGGUCAGGACGAUGCUUUGCGUGUGUCCCGACGGCAUGAUCAUCGAGCAGGGUGGCACGUGCGACCUGUUGCCGCCUAUCAAGCCUAGCUGCGCAGCAGACCCAGAAUGCCCCUCUGACAAGGCGUGCUUCAACGGCUUCUGCAAAGACCCCUGCAUGUGCGGCCCCAACGCCGUCUGUGAGAUCGUCGAGCACCACCCCGUGUGCUCGUGCAAGCGCGGGUACGAGGGAGACCCGGAGAUCCGCUGCGACGAAAUCAGCUGCUACGGCAACGACGACUGCCCCACGACGCACGCCUGCCGCAACGGGCAAUGCGCCCCCGUGUGCGGUCCCGACAAUGAGCCGUGCGGCGAGGAAGCCGUGUGCCAGGGAGUGAGCCACGAGGCCGUGUGCUACUGUCCCCCGGGCUCCCGCGGCAACCCGCGUACUCAGUGCAUAGCCAUCGGCUGCGCAUCGAACGACGCCUGCCCCGGAGAUCGCAGCUGCAUCAACCAGCGCUGCGUGAGCCCCUGCAGUCUCGACCCGUGCGAGGAGCCGGCCACCUGUCGCGUGGCCAACCACCGACCCGACUGCCCGUGCCCGCCAGGGUUCAACGGCACCAGAGACAAUGGCUGUGAAAAGAUCGUCCUGGGCUGCCGCACCGACGGCGACUGCCCCAGCAAGACGGCCUGCAUCAACGCUGAGUGCAUCGACGUCUGCGGCCUGGAGCCCUGCGGAGAGAACGCCGAGUGCCGAGUGAUCGACACCGUGCCCAUCCGGACCGUGGCGUGCGAGUGCCUGCCUGGUUAUCAGGGAGACGCGCUCGAUAAGUGCAUUCCAACGCCCGUGUGUCCGUUCGAAAAGGGCUUCAUCCUGGACGACGACCGCUGCAUCUGCCCGGCGGAGCGAGGCUUCUACGUCGACGAGAACGGCAACUGCGCCCGCUGCCCCGUCGAGCUGGGCUUCGUGCUCACCGAGAACGGCUUGUGCAUCUGCGACCCCGAGAAGGGCUACGUGCUCACCCGCGCCGGCACUUGCGACUGCCCUCUACCCGCCGAGAAGGACGAAGACGGCGACUGCGUUGUGAGGACGGAGCCGCCGCUCACCCCCGGCUGCACCAGCGACUCUGACUGCCCGACGGACAGGGCCUGCGAGCAGCGCGCGUGCGUGUCGCCGUGCGCCUACGACCCGUGCGCCAAGUACGCCACCUGCAUCGUCGUGAACCACAAGGCCGUCUGCACCUGCAUCUCAGACUACUCCGGCGACCCCUACCAGAAGGACGAUGGCUGCAAGCCGACCUUCGCGCGCACUGACUUCCCGCGCCCUGACAUGCUGGUCAACUGCCUGGCCGACGGAGUGCAGGUGGACAUCAACGUGGGCGACCCGGGCUUCAACGGUGUCAUGUACGUCAAGGGUUACUCCAAGAACGAGGAGUGUCGUCGCGUCGUCAAGCCGGACGUCGACGUCGGCACGAUCGACUUCAAGGUCAAGUUCAACACGUGCGGACUCAUCCACGAGAACGGACUGGCCCGGUUCAUCCUGGUGCUCCAGAAACAUCCUAAGCUGGUGACGUACAAGGCGCAGGCGUACCACGUCAAGUGCACGUACAACACCGGCGAGAAGACCAUCACCCUCGGCUUCGACGUGUCCAUGCUGACCACCGCCGGAACCAUCGCCAACACAGGCCCUCCGCCGACCUGCGUCAUGAAGAUCACCGACAAGAACGGCGACGAUAUCCGCGGCGCCGAGAUCGGAGACCUACUGAUGCUGCGCGUGCAGGUCGAACCGUCGAACAUCUACGGCGGCUUCGCCCGAAGCUGCGUGGCGCUGACGGCGAACAGCGACGGCGGCGACAACGAGUACAUCGUGACGGACGAGAACGGCUGCGCGACGGACCCGAACAUCUUCGGCGAGUGGGAGCAGGAGGACGGCGACGAGAAGACGCUGGUGGCGCUCUUCAACGCCUUCAAGUUCCCGUCGUCCAACUCCAUCCGCUUCCAGUGCAACGUGCGCGUGUGCUUCGGCCGCUGCCACCCGGUCAACUGCAACGGCUACGACGCCUUCGGCAAGCGUCGCCGUCGCCAGGCGCUCGAGGAGGACGCCGAGGUGAUCUACUCCAACGAGGCCACGUACGAGGGCCAGCUCAGGGAGAUCACCGUCUUCUCGCCGGCCAUCAUCACCAUCGAGAGCCGCGCCGACAGGCUCACCGCGCCCGAGAAUCCCGAGGCCGUGGGCGUGGAUGAGGUGUGCGUGAGCAAGUGGGGCUUCAUCAUCGCCCUUAUCAUCACGGCGCUCCUGGCGCUGGUGGCGGUGGCCGUGGCGGUGUCUUGCUGGCUCAUGGCGUACCGACGCAAGCCCAAGCACGCGGGCCCGCUGCCGCACCCGCCGGAGUUCCCGAACCCGCUGUUCACCACGCCGGAGCCCCUGGCCGAGCCCUCGCCGGACUACUUCUCGUGAGCUCGACGGCACCGUCAAGACCCUGUACUGUGAUUCCUAAGUGAAAGAAACGAAACUCGUCUCCAUCAUGGACCAAUGAAUCGCAUGUGAUGCGACAGUGAACCCAAUCGAGAGAGUUCGAGCAAUACAUUUCCUGCCGGAAAAAAAUGUUCAGUGAACGACGAGAAUUUCGAAGCAAACGAAUAGAAAUAGAAUAUUAUAAUUGUGACUUUUCUUAUGACAUUGUGAAUGUGUGACGUUUAGGUGAAAAGAUGUGACUUUAUAUAUAUUUGUAUCUAUAUUGGAGCGAGAGGCGUCGCGUCGAGAGGGACCUCCGCCCGAGCGCCGUGCUCCUCCACGUCCAACACCUUGUCCUAAGUUCCGCAGAAACCACAGGAGUCGGCCUCGAGGCGGAGACGACCUCGAGACGCGCACGGAAGUGAAAAGAGGAAGAAGAAAAACGAUACUAGAGAGACUUCAUUAUCAUGAGAUUUUUUUCCUUUUUAGAAAUGUGUGAAGUAUUCGUUCUUAUAUAUUUUUUUGUACAAAGUCAUUUCACAACGUUCUAUCUGAAAAUAUGCCCCGCUCUGCUACAUUUGCUGACGCGGCGUUUUAUUUUGGGCAUCAUUUCAGCAGAUGGCAUAGCAGUGGCCUGAAUUCCCAGCGUAUUAUUUUUUCUGUAAAAGGAGAGACUUAACUAAACUUCAAACGAUGAAAAUAAAACCCGACACAGUCUUACCAAGAGUUCAGAGGCAUGAUAAUGAUAUCGGCUCCUCAACUCCUCAUUCCAAAGAAUUCCAUUUUUUGUUUUUGUUUUUUUACCUUAGCUUCAAUUAGCUCUUUCUUUUUUAAUUAAUUAUAUGUAUGAUGAUGUCAAAUAAUCGUAGGUGCUCAUGGACAAGUCGCUGUUAUGUCCAAAUCUCUUCAAGUGUCAAAUGUAAAAUGAUAAGCAAUUCCCUGCCUUAUGCAGUCGGUCAGUAAGACAUGACUUUCCGCCAAUGGAUGGAAAUGGGUCUUAUUGCCCGGGCGCAUACGGACCGGAAUCGCUCAUCGCAUUACAAGUGUAUAAAAAACAGGCCUGCCAUGGCGGCUACGGGGAGUCAGGGUGAGGUUUUUGAGCAGUCAGUGCUGCUAACAGUAGGUAGACGGAGGUUGUUUAUAUAUAAGAGAUUUUAGCAGACGCACAAAGGUUGAACUCCCCCUAUCUACUUGGCAGGGCCGCAAUUUUAUAAAUGGUUAUGAAAUGUGUUAAGUUAUAUGUGCACGUAGAUGAUAGUAAUCUCAAGUCAAAUAAAAUUCAAUCUUUUUUUUUUUGAGAGACGUCUCGCAAGGUGCCACGUGGCUUUGUCGUGACGCUGUCUAGAUCCCGCUCUCUGAUUGGUUCGUCCGUCAAGGGGCGUGAUCUAGAGAGUGUGACGUCAUCGCUUGGACCUUUUUUUUUAGUCCUCUCUGUAUUUUUGCCAGGUUUUAAUAGAUGAAAAAUAUAAACGUAUAUCUCGCGACGGAACUGACAGAGAUCCAAAACGACAGUCGCGAUUUCCUCUCUGAAUGCUUCAAUAGUUAUUUUGUAUAUGAGUUAUAAAGAAAAAUGUCUUCCGAAAAAAUAUAUGUGAUAUUUCGACAUGUAUAGUCUUUAGAAGCAGUUGUGUAAUCAAUUUACGUAGUCUAACAACAACGCUGAUUUCAUCAAUUAAAAAAAAAAUGAAAUUACAUUAAUCGCUCUAACCAAAUAAUGAAGGCAAGCCAAAACUUUAGCGGUGUUUAUUUCCUCGUGGUUCUUGCACAUGCAAGCAAACUGACUUUAACAAAGGCAUAUUUCCACACUUGUUAUGACUACAUUACUGUGAUUUUACGCCUGGGUGCGAUGCUUUAAGGCCAAUAUGCCUUUGUUUGACUCAUUGGGAAUUUUGUUUUAAUUAGUUUCGCAAUUCUAAUUUUUCCUUCUCAACUUUUCCAAAAUAAAAAAUAAUGAGAGAUAGGGUGAUGGGUCUCACUCUUCCGUAACUCUUGCCCACUGCAGACCAAAGCCAACGUUUUCUUUCACUUCUCUUUUUUUAUCUGAAACUAAAAUAAAUGUGGUGACGGUGCUUUUCACUCUCCUGGAUAGACAUGAGCUGGUCUUUUUUUGCGUCGUAGGAAUGGCUUGCCUUUAUUUUUUUUUUCUUUUUACUCCACCUGGUAAUAUUAUUUUAAUAUAACGUUCUUAUGCUUGAAACAACUGUUAAUUUGUCUCACCCAUGUAACAAAGAAUCUGUUACUGAAUAAAGGAUAUGGAAUAAUA